GUUUCCGGUGGAAGGGGGCGGGGUCUAUGGGCUGAGGAGGAGGAGGAGGCGGCGGCGGCGGCGAGUGGGACGGGGGGUGGGUUUUGGAGUAUGUGUGUUUAUGUGGGGGGCUAGGAGCAUAGGAGGUGAGUAGCCUCACUGGGAGCAAGGGGUGCCAUGGGGAUAACAAGGUGCUGGGGGCUCUGGAGCGAAUUGGGGGUUGGGAAGGAGGGAGCAGCAAGCCUCUUGCCCUCCCCUCACUGACUUUCUCCCCACCUGGCCUACCUCACAGGGUGGUUGUGAGGGUAUAUUUUUUUUGUGGGGGAGGGAGGAAUAGAGACUGUGUGCACGUCCUGCCUUUUGCUCCUUGGAGGAAAGCUAGGAUGUAAAUAAAUAUGUAAACAUGUAAUGCCUGUAUGGUUGCAAAGUUUGUUGUCUGUGGGGGACAGCCUGGCCUACCUCAUCGGGUUGUUGUGACGAUAAAGGUUUUGGGGCUUAGACCCAUGUGCAGCUGCAUUGAUUGGAAAAGGCUUAACGGAAAUGGUGUUAAACGUGUAACAGCAGCUGUGACAUGAGGGUGUUUUGUGGAGACAAAUAAUGAAUUAGCUUCUGCAAAGACAGAGGUGGUGGUGGUGUCACCAAGAUUUCCAGGGAUGUCCUGGGUUUGUCUUACCUCCAUGAGCAUGCUAGGAGCAAAUGGCUAUGCAUGUGUUUUGCAAUCUCUUAACUUGCAGGCCAGUUUUAGAGAGGGGAACGUGUGCUGCUAGCAAGCAAUGCAUUAUCCCAUUAUGACACUGAGUUCUGCAGAAUUUGUUGUGCAUGGAAACAGCUUUCAGAAUGGUGGCCCUCCUGCUAGUCUUCUCUUAAGAGUCUUAUAGUGUCACUGAGAUAUUUGGACCAGCCAAGGUUCUCUGGUGAAGUGGAUGCAGCUGUAUAACCUGCCUCGGGGUUGUGGUGAGGACAAGAACUGUAAAGCACUUUUAUGUUGGGAGUAGCAUAGUGGAAAAAUACUCAAGAUAACUACAAUAAAUGAAAUAAGAGCUGUUUCAAUAAAAUCUGUAAUAGUAGUAGUAGUUGGCAUCUGUCUUGAGAGACAAUGGAGUGCACCUCCAGAGGUGGUCAAACCGCUGCAUUAGCAGCACUGAAGUGACCUCCCCUGGACCCAAGUCUGGGCAGUGUGUAUGGAAGUCCUGGGCUGCCCCCCUCUUUCUUGCUGAUGUGGUCCAAAGGAAAGCAGAGCAAUAUGUUUGGCACUAGCUUGGCUGCAAUGAGUUGCCGGGAGGUGUACAAGGCGCCUUCCAACUGUCUUAGGGACUCUACUCUGGUUUUAUGUACGGUUUACUCCUUAGCCUUUUCUUCUCUCAAAGUUAUCCCACAAGGCAGUGGAGGUUUAGAAUCAGAGUUUUCUUUCUUCUAAUUGGGCUACCUUCCCAGGUUGAUGAGCCCCAUCUGCCCCUCACGUCUGUCACUACAGCAUGUGAAGAAACCACAUUCUUGACCGUUGGACCCACAGUUGGUCUUGUCUCAAUCCACCGGCGCCUGUCUUUGCAUGCAGGGAAAGUCCCUAACUCAUUGAGGGUUUGAGACCCAUGGGCUACCCUCACCUGCUUUAACUGGCCAGUCAAAGCCAUUCCUGGGGUGUGGCCACUGUUGCAUGCUGACAGCUUCUAGGAGCCACAGGUGAGAGCUGAGUGCAGGGUGGGGACCAAAGGUGGACAAACUACCUCAGAAGAAGCAUGUGUCCUCCACCAGAGUAUUGUCCCUCUCCUAACACCCCAUCUAUUAAAAGAAAAGAGAGCUGUUUGACAAUGGAACAGAUGAUCUCAGGAGGUGGUAGACUCUCCUUCAUUGGAGGUUUUUACACAGAAGUUGGAUGACCAUCUGAUUAUUUAGCUGUGAUUACUGCAUUGCAGGGGGUUGAGCUAGAUGACCCUUGGGACCCCUUCCAGCUCUACAGUUCUGUGAUUCUAUGACUUUGGUUUGCAUAGCCUCCCUCCUGCCCCCAAAGACUAACAAAUGUAUUGUGAUGGGGGCAUUUGAUUUAGUUAUAGUGACUAUGCCUGCUUUACCAUGUCACUUUGUUCCUAUUUCAGUUGGAAGAUGGUUUAUGAAUCUUAUUAAAUUUAUAUAUUGUCUUUCCUCCAAAGUGCCUAAGGCAGCAUACACCCCCUGCCCUUGUGAGAUAGGUUGGGCUGAGAGACAGAAUGACUGGCUGAAAGUCACCCAGUGAGUUUCAGUGCUUGAGGAGAGAAUUGAACCAGAGGCUUCCAAGUACAACACUUUUAACUGCUAUGCCACACUCACUCUCUGUGGGUACAUAGGAAGUUGUCUUAUACUGAGUCAGGUCCUUGGUCCAUCUAGCUCAGAAUACUGACUGGCAGCGGCUUUCCAGCAUUUCUGGGAGGGGACAUUCCCAGCUCUACCUAGAAAAGCCAAGGAUUCAACCUGGGAAUUUCUGUGUGCAAAGCAAAUGCUCUACCACUCCAAAUAUGAUACGCUCAUAAUAUAAAUGGAUGAUGUACUCUGGCUUUGCAGUCUGUGUCACAUGAGGCUCCGAUCCAGUGCUUGGCAGGUGCUUUGAUGAGCAUGUGGAACUACUCCACCCAUUGAGCCCUUGGAGCAGCUUAUGCAUUCUAUUGGAUGCACACAUGGCACUGUCUUCAAGGAGUGGAACCUCUGCUUGUAUGGAGCACACUGUGUAUCUAUGGAGCAUCUGUGUUGCACUAACUAUAUGAAGAAACGUGGGGCUGUUGACUAUGUUCUGCUGACGGUGCCAUCCUCUGUCUUCUACUUGCACAGGUUCCUUGAUUCUUUCUUAGUUAACGAUGGCAAAGCCACAAAGCAAAGAUCCUGGCCUAAAGGAGAAGUUCAAGAAUCUCUUAGGACUUGGGAAUUCCAAAUCUAAUUCCAAGUCAUCGGAAGGAAAGCAAACGGAAUUUGUUAUCACAGCAGAAAUACUCAAGGUAACACACGAAUAUACUGGAUGCCUGAUUUACAUCAGGAGCUGGAAAUUAAAAGAGGGCAAAGGCUACCUAAGCAGGUUAAACACAGGAGGCAGAGAGGCAGUGUCCUGUUCUAUGGUGUGGCAAGCCCAAGGAUGGGUACAGAGCUAGGCAGGGCUCAGGCUGGGUGCUAGACCAGUUGAGGCAAGGCUAACAAAAGCUCAAAUGGAGGCUGAGUCCAAGAUAAGGUGGAGGCUACAUCCAAAGUGUUAGCUUCACCCAUGCUGGAAGGUGAUAUUUUAUCUAAAGCACUCCAGCCUUUUCCAAUAGCCUCUUACUGCCUCUGUCCUUAUUGGAUCAUCUGCAGUGGAGUCCUUCAUGUCAGAGGAUAGCAGUGCCAUAUCCUCUGUCUGGAGGGAUGCUGGUUCUACUGUCUUAUCCAGUAGCAGUGCUCCUGGGGUUGGCCCUCUGUGCCCUUCCCCUUCUGGUUCAAGAAUCUUCAGCCUCCUCACUUGAAAGAGGAGCCUGAUGGCUGGUCGCUGACAGACAAAACUCUUCCAUUUCCACUUUUUGAUGACACUGCAUUUAUCUACCUGUGAAUUACGAUUAGUGCCAUCUGUUUGCUUGCUGUUGAGAGUUCUGGCAGUCUCUUUGUAUGGUGACAAUAUGCUGAUCAUUGGCCAUGACCCCACACAAGAAGAGAUCACAAAAGCAGAGGAAUUGUUUUAUUUGAGCUCAGUGUUGCCAUUGAGAAAGCACAUACACAUCUUAAAUAAAAAACAAAUUGGUUUAGAUAUUAAUCACAUUUUUACCCUGCCCUUGCUUGUGGGGCUCAGAACAGCAUUUUAGCUGUGAGGUUAUUUGGGCUGCAAGCAACUUGUGAUGGUUUAAAGCUGCCUUCUUUUCCUUUCAGGAACUGAGCGUAGAAUCUGGCUUGAACAAUCGGAUAAGAGCAAUCGGUCAAAUCUGUGAGGUAGCAAAAACUAGAAAGUUUGAAGAUGUGAGUACAUGGGCAGAAAACUGUUGAAUGUAUAAGGAAGUUACACCAAAAUGCCCCUUCCCCACAAUGGACAGUGAGGUGUGAAUGUGGGGAGUAACCUGGAGUUUUCUGUGCCCUCAGCAUGCAGUGGAAGCCAUCUGGAAAGUGGUUGAUGAUAUGCUGCAGCCCGACCGACCAGCUGAAGCCAGGCAUGCUGUGCUCCACCUCCUGAAGGCAAUUAUUCAAGGGCAGGUAAGACACAGAGUGCACCUGAGGCAUGCAGAACCUAGACACUGUGAAUGGGACUAUGGACUAGCAGAAAACAUGAUUUCCAAAUUCCAGUAGCCACAAUUUGUCAAGAAGCCACUCCUCUCAUCUUUUAGGGCGAGGGGCUCGGUAUCCUCCGAGCUCACUUUUUCAAAGUGAUUAAAGAUUAUCCUUCUAAUGAAGACAUGCACGAACGGCUUGAAGUGUUCAAGGCUCUUACGGAUAACGGAAAAUGCGUAACGUAUUUGGAAGAAAAUUUGGGUAUGUCCCCUUUUUAGCCACUAAUUUAAUCGGGGCAAAUUCUUGCUCAGAGAGGAGAGUGACCAAAACCUGCAAUGUGUCUUAGUUAAUGGAACAUUCAAUUUACUUGUGCUAUACAAAAAAUAUUUUUAGUUAAUAUGCUUUGCAUGUAGAAGGUUCCCGGUUCAGUCACUGAACUGAACUUCUACGUAGGGCUAGGAGUGUCCCCUGUCUGCAACCCUGGAGAGCUGCUGCCAGUCAGUGUCAGCAAGACUGAGUUAGAUGGACAAGACUGAAUAAAAGGAACCAAUGGCUCGACUUGGUAUAAGGCAGCUUCCUUUGUUCCUGUAAGUUAACCCCCCAAUAAUGAAUCCCAGAUCUGAAUCAUACACACAUAGUUUGACACCGAGGCAGGUUUAAAGGUCAAUGAAAUAAAUACAGCAGCAUAUGUCUCCUCUGUGGGUGGGCUGGUGGUAUUUCCUUCAUGCUUGAGGACUUCCCAGGAGUACUUGGCUGCUCAUUAGUGGAAGCAGAAUGCUAACCCAGAAGGACCUUUGACCUGGUCCAGCAAGGCGGUUCUGAUGUCCCUGCAAUAAGACAUGUCUGGUGAAUAUCUGGAUGGGUCAGGUGGAAGCACGAGAGGUACAUCUGUCACGGCUGUGAAACACCUUCUGGGAUUCAGAAAACAGGAGGUGUUACAGCAAGUUGAAAACAAGUUAAUUUGUAGUGAUUUUGUUUCCAGGCUGCAUUCCUCUUUUCUUCUCCUUCAGCUGAAUUUGUCCUUCAGUGGAUGGAUAUUGGUUUGAAUUCAGAGUUCCUGCUGGUGCUGGUCAACCUAGUCAAGUUCAAUAGCUGCUACUUGGAUGAAUAUAUCGCUGACAUGGUCAAGUAAGGCUAAUCUUUAAACCUUCUGUUGGUUCUAAGAAACCCUGUUUGAGGGUUAAAUUGGCAGUCUGACCUCCAUGUGAACCCCAUAUUUUCAUCUCUAGGUAGGGCUGGGAAAGACCCCUGCCUGAAACCUUGGAUUGCUGCUGCCAAUCAGUGCUGAUGAUACUGAGCUAGAUGGACCAAUGGUCUGACUAGGUAGAAGGCAGCUUCCUAUGUGCCUAAUCAUAAGUACAUGUUGAUGAAGGAGAAUUUGGUCAGGGCAACCAGCUCUUGUAUCUCUGGGAUGGCGUGGGCUUCCUGGUAGGGUUGAUCCCGUAGGUUUAGAAAUUUUGCCCUGGAGGGCUAGAUCUUUACUUUUAUGUUUUUCUUUCCUACAGCAUGAUUUGCCUCUUAUGCAUUCAGACAUCUUCUGCAGUUGACAUUGAGGUCAGUAGUUAUGUGUAAUACUAUGGGUGUUAGGACAAAGUGCCAUUAUAAAUAGGAGAGCAAUAUUUGUGGUGGUGCUUUCUUAAAACACUUCUGCCCAUUCUCCCUUCCGGUUCCCAUAACUGGAAUUCCCUCCAGAAUCCUCUGGGAUGUCAAACCUUUCUGUCUCAACAAUCCCUCUUUGGAACCAACUUAUUCUGUUAAUUUGUCGUUUGUUGUCUCAAGUGGAAACAGUAUUCCCCUUCUCUUGAUUAUUAGCAGUGGGGUUGUGGUUUGGGACAGAGUUGAAGCUGGACUGUAAAAUCUCGGCUGUGGAACUCUCUUCCUACUGAAAUUAGAGAGUUCCCCUUGCUGUUGAAUUCAGAUGCAUGACUAAGAUUUUCCUGGUUCAGCAGGCAUGUAAAGGUAGUUCUCUGUUUGUUUGUUUCUGUCUGUUUGAGAGCCAGCGUGAUAAAGUGGUUAGGGUGUUGGACUAGGACCUGAGAGACCAGGGUUCAAAUCCCCAUUCUGCCAGGAAGCUCACUGGCUGACCUUGAGCUCAGUCACUGCCUCUCAUCUAGCCUAAUACAGCCUAGCCUGUUGUUGUGGGGAUUAGAGACGCGGGUGACACUGUGGUCUAAACCACUGAGCCUUUUGGGCCUGCCAAUUGGAAGAUUGGCAGUUUGAACCUGUGCUACAGGGUGAGCUCCCGUUGCUCUGUCCCAGCUUCUGCCAACCUAGCAGUUCAAAAGCAUAGUAGAUAAAUAGGUACCGCUCCAGCAGGAAGGUAAACAGCGUUUCCGUGUGCUGCUCUGGUUCGCCAGAAGUGGCUUAGUCAUGCUGGCCACAUGACCCGGAAGCUGUCUGUGGACAAAUGCCGGCUCCCUCGGCCAGUAAAGCAAGAUGAGCGCCGCAACCCCAAAGUCGUUCGCGACUGGACUUAAUGGUCAGGGGUCCCUUUACCUUUACCUUUAGGAGGACCGUGUACACUACUUAAAGCUCAUCAGAGAAAAAAAAGUGCAUUUUUUUAAAAAAAAAAAAUUAAUCGUUCUUGUUCUUUGUAUUUCUUUUUUUAAAAGCACUUCAUGUAUUUCAUAUGGAAAUCCUGAAAAUUAAAUGUUUUAAAAGUAUCUGAAAUAAAUAAGAUUAAUGAUACUGUUCCAAGGCAAUCACAUUCCUUUCCCCCCUUCCCAGGUUUCCCUGCAGGUCCUUGACGCCGUGGUGUGCUACAACUGCUUGCCUUCGGAAACCCUCCCAGUCUUCAUAAUCACCUUGUGCCGGACGAUCAACGUGAAGGAACUCUGUGAGCCUUGCUGGAAGGUCCGUUAUCUUGCCAGUUCUCUGGGUAGAAGGCAGUUCGGUGGUCCUGGGGGAGAAAAGGCUGAAUAUAGGAAGCUAUUUAGCCGUGUAGGCUAAAUAGAUUCAUAGAACUGUAGAGUUAGAACGUACCCCCAGGGGUCAUCUAGCCCAACCCUCUACAAUGCAGAAAUCCCAGCUAAAGAAUGCUUGGCAGAUGGCGAUCAGACCUUUCUUUAAAACCUCCAGUGAAGGAGAGUACACCACCUUCUCAGGUAGUCUGCUCCACUGUAUCAACGGUUCUUAGCAUCAGAAACCUCUGCCUAUGGUUGAGUUAUAGAAACACAGAAUCACCGAAUUGCAUAGUUGGAAGGUAUACCAAGGGACAUCUAGUCCACCCCCAGGAGAUCUAGCUACCCCCAAGGCUUCUGCAUGCAUUCACUGUGCUGAAAAACCAAAGGUGGUGUUUUGCACCAAGAUCAUUCUUGCAAUAUCUUUUCCAAACUGUUAAACUUGAUGAUUCAUUAUCUUGCAACUAGAAUUGUGCAAAUCUUGUAUAAAUUCCUUAUUUCUACUGCAGGGUUUUGUACCAGACUUUGCACUUUCUAUAAUUUUUCAGUGCAUAAAUUUUGUGCAUUUCUUUUUUCUUUUUGUCAGUUUGUGUGUGUGUGUGCGUUCAUGCAUGUAUGUGCGUGUGCAGAAUUCCGAGGGAUUUGCUUCCGUUUAACAACAUGCUUCUGUUUGUCCUUCAGCUCAUGCGCAAUCUGUUAGGAACUCACUUGGGGCACAGUGCCAUUUACAACAUGUGCCGGAUCAUGGAGGACAGGUACUUCUGUGCCACCUGCUGAAACCUCUGCUUUCCCUGGGGCUGGGAGCAAGCGCAAAGUUGGGUGCCACGCUGGUACAAGAGAACUGCUUUAAUGCUGCCCCAAAGAUUGUAGGGGUACAGGGGUUAACCCCACUCUUGACAUCCUAGGGCAGGCAGCUGGACUUGCAAGCUUUGCAUGGAAUUCUUUGUGAGACCAAUGCUCAGUGGUGGUUCACUGAGGAAGGCUUGGAUAGGGCUGUCUUAGCAGCUAUCCAGACAGAGAGAAGAGCUCUUGAUAUUUAUCCCCCAAGUCCUACUACAGGCAACUCCCCAUUUACACAGGGGUUAUGAUCUGAGGCACCGCACGUUUAAGUGAAAUCGCCUAUAUUUGGAAAAAAAUGGAAAAAGCCUGCAAACGCCACAAUCACUCCCUCUAAACCUCCUUGCUCAAACUCUCCAUAGGCCUCCUGAGUUUGCACUUGCAAAGGCUCGUGGGAUUGCUAGACACUGUUUUUGCACCCUUUUUGCUGUUUCUUCUCUCUUUUAGGGCCGUUUUUGCUCCUUUUCGUGCCACUUGCAGGUUUGCAGCGACGCACGGCCAUGUGUGACUUGAAUGCGCAUAAAUGGGGAGUUGCCUGUAUAUCGUCAUCACUGUUGGAAGUUUUAGAAAUCCAGAUGACACUGACCCCAUAGGGCCAGGUGUGCACCGCAAGGAGGUUGGGAGGAGUGGACUUGUGCUGAUAGGAGCAAAAAAAAUGAAAGAUGGCUCUGGCCCCUCCCUCCCCCUUUCUCACUGGUACUGAUUUAAGGAAGAUCCUGAAGCCCAUGUCUGAGACCCACUAAUUGUGGUCAAAAUUCCCAUGUUUGCAGGACCUACAUGGUAGAUGCCGCACUACUGAGAGGGGCUGUGUUUUUCGUGGGCAUGGCUUUGUGGGGAGCGCACAGGCUGCAGUCACUCAGGAAUUCGCCAACUUCAGUACUGCCCUCCUUUCUGAAGGUAAUUCUGAGCCCUUCGAACCAGGAUCAUGCGGGUGAUAGAUGGUGGAGGUUUAGAUUAAUAUCCUGGCUCAGGUGUGAAGUUUUCUGGGUGAUCUUGGGCUUAUUACUGCCUCUUAGACCAGGGGUUGGCAAGGUUUACCAGUUCACUCCAGCGGAGAUCUUUCCGUGGGCCGGAUUGUGCGCGUGCGUAAGUGUGCACACUCGUGAUUUCCGGUGCUGAGGAAGCGAGUCCCCGUUCCGUGCUGCGCCAGUUUAGUGCAGUGCGUGGGGACUCGCUGAGUGGGUGGCUUGGUUCGGGAGCGGCUUAUGGGCCAGUUAAACAACCCCCGUGGGCCGCUUGUGGCCCAUGGGCCUUAGGUUGCCUACCCCUGGCUUAGACUAACCUACCUCAUAGGGUUGUUGUGAGAGGAUCCCUGUACAGUGCUCCUCAGAGAAAGGAUAAAAUGCAAUAAACAAAUCUUGGGGAACAUGAAUUCAGAGGGAACCCAUGGGCUACUGAGCUGUGUGUUGGAAAAAGCCAAAGAUACCUGCAGUCACUGUUUCAUCUGUGACCACACUUCUGUUCAGUGUGGUUCAGUUGCACCACUUUCAGCCUUUUCACUUUUGGCUGGAAAUUGUCUUUAUAGUGGGUUUGCCAGGGCUCAGAAGUUCCUUUCUUUACUCCUGAGUAGCAGCCUGCACUUUCUGAUCUUGCUUGUGUACCUGAAAUCUCUCUGGCAGUUUUCCCACACAUGUUAUUAGUUUUGGAUGGCAGCGUUGCAUAGCCUUCAGGCUAGUGGAAUCUACCUUUUCAGUAUAAGCCAUGAGGUGCAUAACCUAAAACCAGGUGCAAAAUCAUGGCUUAGGAAGGCAGGCAUAGAAUUGCAAAGUGUGGGACUAUGCUCUGAGCACAGUCUGGGAACCCAAGCUUUCCUGAUUUCAGCAGACUAGAAGGGGGAAAAAUACUUUUUGUUGUUGCUAUUGUUACAACUGUUGGGAGUUGGAAACAGUUUCUGCUCUAUGAAUCACUUGGGAGGUCUUCCAGGAAACCUUGAUCUCCCUUCUGACUACUCCAGUUGUAUGGCACUUAACAUACUUUUCUGGGCGCUUCCUUCUUGAAGUGUCCUAACCCAGUGGAACCAGCAAAUGGGCCCUCUGUCAUUCAGGUGGUCCCAAUAUGUCAGUUCCUUACUUGGGGCUUUCUCUCCCCCUUCCAGGCCAUGACGAGUCCGAAUACCAUUGUGUCUUAUGAAAUAGUCCUUUCCAUCACAAGACUGAUCAAAAAAUAUGGGAAGGACCUCCAGGCAGUCACUUGGGACAUCCUCCUGAAUAUCAUCGAGCGGCUGCUCGAGCAGCUGCAGGUAAAUGGGAAGCCCCUUUUGUUUUAUUUUUAAUACUGUUUUUGCAAACGUAACAGAAAAAAGAGAACCAUCACCAGCUGGCAUUGCGAAUAAAAUAUUCUGACUUAAACAUAUUAAUAUAGAAAGUCCAUAUGUCCAAAUGGCAUCCAAAUGAGAGCAAAAAUGAUAAGCUAUACUUUCAGGCGCAGAAAGGGCAGUAAAAUCUUCAGACUGCUGAAUAGCAGAUGAUGGUGAUGGCGAUGAUGAUGAUAAUAAUGAUGAUGAUAACAAUAAUAAUGAUAUUUAUACGCCGCUCAUCUGACUGGGUUGAGUGCUUAUUUUUCCAGCCUUGCAAUAGUAGUCUCUGCAGCCAUAAGGUCUCACAGAAUCAAUGUCCGUUGUUCUAACACCAUGGAAUAGAAUUUAAAGAGGCUAUUUUGGAUGUGUUCUGGGGGGAGGGGUGCAAAAUGGCAGAGUUAUUGGAGUAGGAUUAGAGAAGGGUUUCACUUUCUUUAAUUUCUAGCCUGCACCUGCCUGUUCUGUGUCUUUCCAAGCAUCAAUAAAGGAUAGAGGCAUAGGAGACUCUGACACUUCCUUCCGAGUUAAAACAUUCAGAGUCUCGUGGCACCUUAAAGACAUCACAGUUUUUUAAAUGGCGUAAGCUUUUGUGGACUCAGCCCACUUCAUUACAUAUAUGAAGUGAAAUCUUAGUUGGCAGAUAUAUGGGGAAGAAAAUUGUAAGGUGGAAGUUGAAUUACAAUGGAAUGUGAUAAUUAGAGCUUAAAUCUAUGUUAACAUAGGCACCCUUUUUAUUGUUGCCAAUUGGUGACAUGGCUGAGAUGAUUGUAUUAAUGCUUGUAGUGGGGCAGGGAACCAUUGGCAAGAAACAGUUGUUGAUAACACAGAUAUUCCAGCAUUGGUAACUUAACUGAUGCACAUGUAGUGUGAUAAAAGUUAUUUUGUCUUGAUUUAGCCUGCAAAUGACUGCACUGAGAUUCUCGAGGGCUAAUCAAGUUGUGUUUUCUUCCUUUCAGACCUUGGAGAGCCCAGAGCUGAAAUCCAUUGUCCAUGACUUGCUGACCACGGUGGAGGAGCUAUGUGACCAGAAUGACUUCCAUGGCUCUAAGAAACAUUACUUUGAGCUUGUGGAGAAAUGUGCAAGUCAGAGACCUGUAAGGCAUGGCAAUGUUUGAGAAAUUUCCUGUUGUUUCCUUAGGACUUCCUUAAAGAGCACUCAGUGGAGGGGCACAGGGAACUAAAAUAUUUUCUUAUGCAAGGGAUGGGGAGGGGUGGAUCCAGAAGCUGCCCUUCAGGGGGGAUUUUUGGGGGCAGGUGAGCAGGGCCACUCUGGUUUUAGACAAGGGCCAUUCUCAGCCCUACCUGGACCUCCAAGGACCUCCUGCAUGCAAGGCAGAUGCUCUGCCACUGAGCAUGGGACUUCCGCUACCAUUUAAUAAAGUGAUGACAGAUCACCCUUUAUAUAUGAGUAAUCCUCAGUUUACAAUCUUACUUUGUUGAACUUGGAUGUUUUUUUAAGUAGUGGCCUGCCUUUCCUUUUGCUUAAAAGGAAUCUUCUGUUCUGAACCUGAUCACCUACCGAGCUCAGUCCAUCCACCCCGCGAAGGACAGCUGGAUCCAGAAGCUGCAGGGGCUGAUGGACAGGUUCUUCAGGUAGGGACCCUGUAGCUCUUACCUGUGGCUCCUCUUCUCACAUCUCUGACUUUCCAUCCUCUGGAUGUUGGUCACAACCCAGAUGAUUUGGGCUCCUCCUCCUUUUUGAAAACACCAUUGUCCCUUUUUCCUCCUCAGGAAUGAGACACGGAGUGCUAUUCGCAUCAAAGUUCUGCAUGUUCUCUCUUUCGUCUUGAGCGUCAAUAGGCAGAUUUAUGAGGUGAGUUUUCAUUUUCACUCUGAGAAAUGUUCUUUGGGUGAUGUCAGACACAUGUUUAAGUCUGGCAGAAGGUCACUUCCUUGAACUUCUAUCAAGAUAGGAAAACAAAAUGGCAGCAGAGGACAAAAAAAAAAAAAGAGUUUUCAACCACAAAAAUAUAUAUUAUGUAUGCACACGAUGACAACUAUGUUCAAAUUCAUCCGGUGAAAUAUGCCACUAUUUAAAAUUCUUAGUAGCUCUUCAGCUUCAAAUGAGAAUAGCAUACCUCCUCACACUAGGACAACAUCCUAAUAACUAAAACCAACCUUAAAAAUGACACGUUACUACCCUCCAAUACCAAUAAUUAUUAUACUUUCCAUAGAUCAUGAAUACAAGGACCUAAAUUUUUACAUUUUUUUGUAUGUUUCAUUCCCUUGUAUUUUCAUUUCCUUAUUUCUUACAUGUUGUUGAACUAUGUUUUGUAUUAAAUAAAAUUCAUUCCUUCAUUUGACUUUUUGACACCCUCAAUUAAAGAGCUGUCUGGACCUUCCCCCAGCUUCCUGGCUUGCACCUUCUCAAUUUUAUCUUCAUUCUAGUGCUUUAAAAAUAUUUCUACCCUGGUUUUUCAUAAAACAUAUUCACCAUACGUUUAUAGAAACAGUAGAAACCUACAGUGAAAAAUUACUAAUACAGUAUUAGCACAACUGUCAAAAUCAAUGUUCCACCUCUUUCUUUUACCAGCCUUGUUAAACCACUCUGUCUUAGCCAGCUCACAAAAGUCUUGUCCUGUUGCAGGAGGAGUUGAUUAACCUGGUGGUCCUCUCCCAGCUGGCCCACAUCCAAGAAGACAAAGACCACCAAGUCCGCAAACUGGCCACCCAGCUGCUGGUGGACCUGGCAGAAGGCUGCACCUCCCACCACUUCAACAGCUUGUUGGAUAUCAUAGAGAAGGUGAGGCAGCUGUCAGCUCAGCUCUGGGCUUUGGCAGCAGGAGCUGUGCCUGGUUUCAGGAAGUGUCAAAAACAAGGGAAGAAAUUGUGCUUUGGGGAGGGAUUUGCACUAUGAACUUGAGGAGCUUUGCUGGUUUGAAUAUCCUGUUUGGUUUUGCAAAGCUGAGUGUGUUUUUGCAGGGGGGAUGGCAGUGUGUCAAUUUCGGGUAAUGAUCUAAAGACCUUUGCCGUUGAAUUUUGCAUAGGCAUCAUCAGGUACUCUGUUUUGGAUCAGGGUAGAAACCUUCAAUCAACAAAUUAUUUGUUUCUUCUGUGUUCCGUAGUCGUCAGGACAAUGGCUUGGUUAUGAAACCUACAAAUAUUAAAGUAUUAAGAUUUCCUGAAGUAGCAACUCCACUGAAAUCUCUGAAAAUGAAGAACCAGAUGGCACGUCACUGGGUGUUAUGGACACAGCUAGCCACCUAACCAAGCUUGGCUGUGCUGCAGCACAUGUUAGCAUAUUCAUGUGAAGUCUGAUGAAAAUGGAAUCUGUCCUAUUUUCGUGGAUGAGACAUAACAGCUAUAAAAUAGCUGAUUAUCAGAUCUAAAAACUCACAUAUGAAACUCCUUUUGGGUUCACAAGCAUGGAAAACCUCCAAAACAGCCUGUUGGUCCAGGCAAAGAUACCAUUUUGCUUCUUCUAGAGAGAUGCAGGCCUCAUUCACAACAUUUAAAGCUCUAUGAUGCUACUUUAAACAGUCCUGACUUCCCCCAAAGAAUUCUGGGAGCUGUAGUUUGUUAAGAGUGCUGAGAGUUACUCAGAGACCCCCACGAGCUGCAAUUCCCAAUCGUUCCCAGUGAAUAUGGAUUGAUUGUUAAACCACUUGAGGAUUGUCGCUCCGGGAGAGGAAGAGAGGUCUGCUAACAGCUCUCAGCACCAUCAACAAACUACAGUUCCCAGGAUCCUUUGCAGGAAGCCAUGACAGUGGCAUCGUAGUGCUUUAAAUGUAUGGGAUGAAUGUGGGUGUUGUUGCUUUGUAUACUUUAUGUAGCUCUGCUGUUGCCAGGGGUAUUUAUUCUUGCCAUCCUAGCACUUUUUUUGCAAUCCUUAUGUAAUUGUGGGCCUUGGCCCUCUGCAAAGCUUGUGUAUGCUCUCUCUCCCUGAAAAGGUUGCUUCCCAUUCCCUGCUGCCUCCCGCUGAACUAGAGGAAAGAGACUUGCUGUCUUACUCUGCUUCUUUAGAAGAUGUGAAGACAGCAGUCCUGGGCCUUCUGGUCAUUUUCCAGGUAAGUGACCAGGUUGUUGAGCCCCGGGGUGGUUUCCUCUUGGGCUUUUUAGAUUAAAAAUAAAUAAAUUCUGGCUUUCCUCUUGACAACAUCUUGCUUUCCUCCUUUCAGACAAAACUCUACAGUUUCCCCCCCAGCCACGCCACCCGCGUCUAUGAGAUGUUGAUCCUCCACAUUCAGCUCCACUAUAAACACAGAUACAGCCUCCCAGUCGCCAGCAGCAUCCGGCUGCAGGUGAGGAAUCUGUGCAUCUCUCAGUCCCACCUCCAAACUUGCAGGACUUGCAGGGAAGAUGACAAGGAGGAGAGAACUGGCUCCAAAUGGUGCUUGCAAGGGGAUAUUGCUGCUAACUUUCCAGAAGUUUGUUCUGAUUUUGUUAAGUCCUGAGAUGCAGCAAUGGGUGUGAUGCAGGGCACAGAGAUCUCCCCCAGCCCACUUCACCAGCUGUACUUCCUCCCUCCCUUUGGCUUCUAAGAUUUGAGCAGGCAAUACCCACACAGUUUUCAAGCAAGGGCUGAAUUCCUCCCCCUCCCUUUUUCAGUUAUUCUGAGGAACUUAAUUCCAUGCUCAGUGUUUAACAGAGUGUGCUUUCCCCCAACUGUCACAUAAUCAUACCCCUCAGCCCCUACCUGUAAAUGUCUUGGAUAACACUCUCUCUUUUAUGUCCUAUCAAUAAAUACAUUUUUUUUCUGUCUGAUGGAGGAGGACACCCAGAGAUGGGCAAUUCCUCCCAGGAAGGGAGGAAUAGGCAAUUCCUAUACCCUGCACAUUCUGCUCAGUUGAUUUUUUCCUACCAUUGCUGUGCUGGGUUUGGCAGAGAGGAUGGCUCAGUCCAAAGUGCUCCUCCCUCUUUCUUGAAUGCUCUGACCUGCUGGCAGGGGCAAAGGGGAGGAGCGGCAUAUCAUACAGUGCCUUGCAAGUCUCGCUGCUGCUACGGAUUUCACCACUCCUGCUGGUGGUAAAUUGCGUCUUGGCAAAUUGCUUGCUUGUCCUCGUGGUUAGGCCCCGUGGGCUACCAGUUCACUACCUUGGCCUGCAGAGUUGAUGUCUCCGUCGCUCUUCUGCUCCUGUGGAACUCCCUGCUGCUUGAAGUGCAACCAUCUUUUAGAAACAUUGCAGGACUGCUUGGAUUGGAUUGAGAAGAUCUCUGAACCUUCCUUGGAGCAUGUGGGGGAAUGCUAGGCUAAUUAUUUUUCUCUUGCUUAUUUUUAGGUAUUUGACUUCUUGCUCUCGCUUCGGGCUGACUCUCUCCACCGACUGGGCCUGGCUACCAAAGAAGGGCUCAUGAAAUUCAGCCCCUACUGCCUCUGUGAUUUUUUGUAGGUUUUGUCUGAUUGUAGCCACUGUUUCCCAAAAAUAGUUCUGCUAUGUUCUAAUCUGAGGCUCCCUUGUACCAUGCUGCCCAGAAAUUGAAAUCUCAAUUCAAUUGGUGGGCCCAGCCUCUAGCUCUGCAGUGGUGGCCCUUGUGCCUUUGGAAAUCCCAGUAGGUCUGCACUGGGCAGUGACACUUCAGGGGUUUUGAAAGGCCUUUAAAGACCUAUUUGUUUCAAUUGGCUUUCGCAUGAGUAAGCUUUCUCCCAUUUACUGGAUUAAGGAUAGUAGAUUAUGUGAUUGGAAGAUUUGAAUGGGUUUCCAUUCUUUUAAAGGGUUUUGGUAGUAAUGGGGUGUGUGUGUGUGUGUGUGUGUGUGUGUGUGUUGUAAUGGGUUUUUAUCAUUGUUAAUCCACUUUGCACGGACAAGUGGCAUGUAAAUAUUUUAAAAAUAAAUAAAGCCACUUGGAACAUGGGUUCUUCGUAAGGUAGUUGUCAGUUGUGCUUCUUCAAGACGGUAUGGUCUGGCAGCAGGCUGAUUUUUCCUUCUUCUUAUGUCACAGGGAACCAGAGAAGAAACCUGCUGGCACCCUCUCCCCUCCCUCGGGAAGCCCCAGUGUGCCUCCCCAGAGCACGGGCAUUCGUAUGGGCCACUUACCUUACUCUGUUUUCUUUGGAGUCCUCCUCCAGUGCUUGAAGCAAGUGAGUGAUGAACCUGGUAACUGGAUCCCAAGCUGCAGAUCAGGGAUGGGGAACUGGAUGUGGCCCUCCAGCUCUCUUUCUGGCCCUUGGGACUCUCCAUAACCCAUCCAUGGCUCUGCCUUCUUUGGCCCUGCCCAUCACUGGCAUGCCUCACAAGGACUGCUCCUGCUACUUACUAUCUGGCCCAGGGUGGGGCCUCACAAGGAUGGUUGUUGCCACUGAUGCUGCUACUGUCCAGGAGGACCCGAAGGGGUGCGGAGUUCUUUUUAACAUGUUUUUUUUUUUAAAAUAUAUUUCCCUUUCCCUUUCGAUUUUUUAUAUAUGGGGGUGGGAUGGAUGUUUGGGUGGGCUUGGGAAUUUGUUAGAUUUUGAUGAAUUUGUAAUUUUUGCAGUUUUUAUUUGUAUUGUUUUAUUGUUUUCUGGGUUGUUUUUGUUUUUAUUGUUUUAAGGUUUUAUUGUUUUAGGCUGCGAAAGAAUAACAUUAAUUGCCAUCAAUGGAGGCUACUAUGAGGCCUGGGAUUGCUACCGUGGAGGGGCGAGGGAGGUAUGGCGGUGGGGGCAGAUGUUAUAGGCGAAGGGGAUCGAGAUAUGGAUACGCUCGUACCCCUUCCAAUCUGCGCCCCAUCCCGAGGGACGAGGGUAGGGUGAGCAAGGAUUACUCACCUCCGUCACUGGUGCUGUGCAAUGCCAGGUCUAUAGGCAAUAAAACCGCCACCCUGCGAGAUUUCUUUAUCUCGCAGGGGGUCGACCUGGCUUGUGUGACGGAGACCUGGGUGCGCGAAGGGGCAACAGUUACCUUACGAGAGAUGGCGCCCCGGGUUUCUCCGUCCUCCACCAGUCGCGGACUGUGGGCCGGGGGGGAGGGGUGGCAUUAUUAAUCCGGGAAGAUUGUCCUUUCAGGGCUCUACCAUCGCCAUCGAUCCCCGGCAUUGAAUGUGUUGGCCUAGUGUGGGGCUCCGAGGAGAACUUGGCUGUCUGGCUGGUGUACCGGCCACCUAGCGCACCAGCAGCCACCCUGUCAGGCCUAUUGGAGGCAGUGGCCGGCUGGGCCUUGGAGUUCCCUAACCUAUUGGUAUUGGGGGACUUUAACAUCCAUGCUGAUGCCACUCCCUCCUCACAGGCUCUGGACCUGGUGUCUUCCAUGGCGACACUAGGGCUCUCCCAGUUUGUUUCGGGCCCCACACAUCAAGCAGGCCACACGCUGGAUUUGAUCUUUGGCGUAGGUAUAGAUGUGAUCAUGUCUCCUUCGAUGAAGGUGCCAUGGUCUGAUCACUACGCUCUGAAAGCCAGGAUUGACUUUCCACCCCAACCCUGCUUAGGUGGCGAGCCGAUUUGGGCUCGCCCGCAGAGGCUGAUGGACCCUGAUAGAUUCCGCCAAGCCUUGCGGGACCUUGCUCCCCCUGGCGACUCAUUGACUGAGCUUGUUGAGGGCUGGAAUACCCAGCUCCUGGCAGCCAUCGAUGAGAUCGCACCUAAGCGCCCUCUGCGACCCCGCAGAAACCGGGCUCCCUGGUUUACCGAGGAGCUCCGGAAAAUGAAGCGGGACCUCAGACGGCUAGAGCGAGUAUGGCGGGGUGCCCGUGACGGAGCCUCAAGAACAUCUUAUAGGGCUUUUAUGAAAACCUACGAGAUGGCGGUGAAGGCUGCUAAGAAGUCAUACUUCUCGGCCUCCAUUGCAUCCGCUAGCUCUCGCCCAGCGCAAUUAUUUAGUAUAAUCAGGUCUUUAACGUCCCUUGAGGGACAGCCAAAUUUAAAUAACAAUUUGACACACAGCUGUGAGGCAUUUGCGAGCUUUUUUGCGGAGAAGGCCUUGUUGCUCCACCAUGACCUCCCUGCCAAUUUGGAUACAAUAAAGGAACUGGAGGCCCCUCGACUGUCCUCGGGUCCAGUAUUGGACCACUUCGACCGGAUAUCCCCAGCCGAUGUGGACAGACUCCUCCGAGCUGGAAAGCCCACCACCUGUCCUCUCGACCCGUGCCCGUCUUGGCUGAUUAGAGCGUGUCCAGACGAGGUGCGGGCCCUCCUGGGGGAUAUCGUCAAUUUGUCCCUUGGCACGGGGACAUUCCCAGGGGAACUGAAGAAGGCAGUGGUGCGCCCGCUCUUAAAGAAAACAUCAUUAGAUCCUUUAGAUCUAUCCAAUUAGCGCCCGGUUUCGAAUCUUCCGUUCCUGGGUAAGGUGAUUGAGAGAGCGGUUGCUGAACAGCUUGGUGGGUUUCUGGAUGAAACAUCGGCUCUGGAUCCAUUCCAGUCCGGCUUCCGCGCUGGUCAUGGGACCGAGACGGCUCUGGUUGCCCUAACAGAUGAUCUUCGUAGACAGCUGGAUCGAGGCGGGUCGGGGCUGCUGAUUCUUCUAGAUCUGUCAGCAGCUUUCGACAUGGUCGAUCACGAACUUCUGGACCACCGCCUUGCCGACGUGGGGAUCCAGGGCACAGUCCUUCAAUGGCUGCGCUCGUUUCUCUCUGGUCGGGGACAGAGGGUGGCGCUUGGGGGGGAAUUGUCAUCGCGCCACUCCUUGGUGUGUGGAGUACCUCAGGGUGCGAUACUCUCCGCGAUGCUUUUCAACAUCUUUAUGCGCCCCUCGCCCAGCUUGUUCGGAGUUUUGGGCUGGGUUGCCAUCAGUAUGCCGAUGACACCCAACUCUAUCUGUUGAUGGAUGGCCAUCCUGACUCGGCCCCAGACACACUGACCAGAUGUUUGGAAGCUGUGGCUGGAUGGUUACGUGGGAGCCGGUUGAAGCUAAAUCCUUCGAAGACAGAGGUCCUGUGGCUGGGACGGGGCGAUAUGGGAUUGGGGGGGCAACUCCCAUCUCUUGCGGGGGCGCAAUUAGUGCCAGCACCGUCCUUUAAGAGUUUGGUGUAAUCUUCGACACCUCCCUUUCCAUGGAGGAGCAGAUUGCAGCUAUAACAAAGGCGGCAUUUUUCCAUCUCCGCCAAGCUAAGCAGUUGGCUCCUUACCUCUCUCGCCCUGACCUAGCCACUGUGAUCCACGCGACGGUCACCUCCAGACUGGAUUAUUGUAACUCGCUCUACGUGGGGCUGCCCUUGAGACUGACCCAGAAACUCCAGCGGGUGCAGAAUGCUGCAGCGAGACUCCUUACGAGGUCUUCGCUGCGAGAUCACAUUCACCCGGUGCUAUACCAGCUGCACUGGCUCCCGGUGGAGUACAGGAUCAGGUUUAAGGUGCUGGUUUUAACCUUUAAAGCCCUAUACGGCCUAGGACCCUCGUACCUACGGGACCGCCUCUCCUGGUAUGCCCCACAGAGAAACUUACGGUCUUCAAAUAAAAACAUCUUGAAGGUCCCAGGCCACAGAGAAGUUAGGCUGGCCUCAACUAGAGCCAGGGCUUUUUCGGCUGUGGCUCCGAUCUGGUGGAACACUCUGUCACAAGAGACCAGGGCCCUGCGGGACUUGACAUCUUUCCGCAGGGCCUGCAAGACAGAGCUGUUCCACCAGGCCUUUGGCCAGGGCACAGCCUGACUCCCUCCCUCGGCAAUCUUCGCGGAGCUCUGGCCCAAUGGUUGCCAGUGGCCUGAAUUAAUUAAUUUUAUAAUGAAUGAUUUUAGAGUGUUGUUUAUGCUGUACUUUUGUACUGUUUUAUUGUUGUUAGCCGCCCUGAGCCCGGCUUCGGCUGGGGAGGGUGGGAUAUAAAUAAAAUUUUAUUAUUAUUAUUUGAGAGUAGUGCCUUACGAAAGACAUUGCACAUCAUGCUGAAGUGCAUAUGGAGCAUUGCAUAUCAAACCUAGUCAUUUUUAGUGAAAACUAAAAAUAAAAGUCCUGCUGGAAGGGUCUAGUUGCCAAUCAGGAAUGGGGAUAUGAAUGCUGACUUUAUACCAGCUUGGUUCCCUCCCAGUGUUUAGGCCUACAACUCCCAUCAGCCCCAGCCAGCAUGCCCAUGCUCGAGUCAACCCCAAGGUCAUGUGGCUGGGCUGGCUGGGGCUGAUGGGAGUUUUAGGUCAAGACAUUGGGAGCACCACUCUGGCAAAGGUUGCUUAAUGUAGCCGCAUGGUUGCAGCCUUGCUUCCUGGAGAUGGAGCCUGGCAUUCUAUCUGCCCAAAGAGUGUGAUUUGCAGCCGGGCUGCAGUUCUUUCCAUGCCACCCUUGAACUCCCCUGCUCCCCUGAGUGUGUCUUUCCUUUUUUUCGUUUGUAGGAGACAGACUGGAAGGUGCUGAAGCUGGUUCUGAACAAGUUACCGGAGUCUCUGCAGUACAAAGUGCUUUACUUAACAUCCCCUUGCAACAUUGACCAGCUGUCUUCUGCCCUCUGCUCUAUGGUAAGAAUGUGCCUCCGAGCAUCCAAUUGGGGCAACAAAGGUCCACAUUAGGGAGCUUUUGAUGGUUGCCCUACAGUUGUGGCAUGCAUUAGUGUCAUGGGAGAGCUCUCCAGUGGAGAAGCCUGUUGUCGUUUGCUGAAUAUCUUGUCUGCUAUUCACUGUAAGGCCCUCGGGUGGGUUGCAACAAUGCAGAACAAGAGUGGGUAACCUGUGGGUGCCUCCCUUUGGAUUCUGUAGCAGUGACUUUUUGUGUGUGCCACCAGCUUACAGACAAAAAGAUGACCGAGCGCCUGCGGGGCACCCCGGAAACUUUCUCCCGUAACGAUUUGCAUUUGGCUGUGGUUCCAGUGCUGACUACUUUGAUCUUUUACCAUAAUCACCUGGACAAAAGCAAGCAGGUAUUAUUGCAUGUGCAGGAACUGAGUGGGACGUGCUCAGUGGGUGAGCCAGGAGAAGGACACUGCUGCCAAAUAAAUAAAUAUGGCUUAACUUGAGCUUGGCUUUCCUUGACUUGCAUUUAGCUAUUAAACAAGAAGCAAAAGACUUGUAAGUCAUCAAUCUUUUUGUGUGGCAGUCUCUAUACUCUGGAACUCCCUGCCUGUUGACACCAGGCAGGUGCCUUCACUGUGGUCCUUGCUUAUUGCUUGAAACGUAUUUGCUUAGGCAGACCUAUCCAAGCAAUGUAGAAUGCUAACGUGUAUGAUAAUCUCUUUUUAGUUUACUGUUUAUAUAUUUUUUAACCUGGCUUUUACAAUCAUUUUAACGUAGGUGUUUUUUGGGGGGGCGGGGCGGAGACAAACCAUUUGGAGCUUUUAUUACAAUCAAGCUAUGAAUUUUGUUCAUAUAGUCAUGUGUGAAUUUUGUUAAAUUAAAAGGGACACCCAGAGAGCCCUGCACCGAAGUACCUAUAAACACAUUUGAACUGAAUGCUUGGUAAUGUUCUGUUUGUGUCUUUGCCUUCACCCAGCGGGAGAUGGUGUAUUGCCUGGAGCACGGCUUGAUCUAUCGCUGCGCCAACCAGUGUGUCGUGGCUCUCUCCAUCUGCAGCGUUGAGAUGCCAGAUAUCAUCAUCAAGGCCCUGCCUGUCCUAAUAGUCAAGCUGACACAUAUAUCAGCUACGGCCAACAUGGCCAUCCCCCUCCUGGAAUUCCUUUCAAGUAAGUGUAUGCAUAUUCCAUUCUUGCUUUUCAGCUUGUGAAUUACAGCUCAGGAGAUGCAGGGACCUUUGCUUUCCCUCUGUGCAAUUUUUGAAAAUCUGUAGGUAGAUUGGAUGGCUGUGAAAGAUGAUUGGACAAGUCUGUGGAGGAUGAUAAGGCUAUCCAUGGCUACUAGCCAUAACAGCUCUGCUCUGCCUCCAUGGUCAGAGGGAGCGAUGCUUCUGAAUACCAAUUGCUGGAAGCCACAGGAGGGGAGAGGGCUUUUGUUUUUUAAAUUAAUAUUUAUUGAAGUUUCACAAAGAAAAAAAAAUCACAUUGAUAAAAGAGAAAAAUCUGAAAAUAAAGAAAAAAGUACACAAGACAAAAUACAAAAUACAAAAAGAUAAAAGAAAAAAGAAAAACAGUUAAAAACAAUUCCAUCUUUUCAUAACUUUUUUUUUUUAAUUUACUUGUUUCCCGGACCUCCUCAUACCUCCCUCUUUUGUAUUCCAAUUCAGUUUGUUAGUCCAGCAAUUUCUUUCCCUCCUUUUUAAUCCCAAUCCUUAAUCUUAAUAUAUUGUAACAUUAAGUUUAUACCUAUUAAAAACCAAUUUUUCCAUUCUUUUAACCUUUUUAAUCCUAAUCCUUAAUGUUGAUAUAUUUAUAACUUUAAAGCCUGUACAGCUAGAAGCCAGUUAACUUCAAUCCAACAUCACUCUAACAUUCAUUAAUUUUGCAAUAUUUCUGUGAAUAAUCUUUAAAUUUCUUCCAAUCUUCUUCCACCAACUCUUCUCCCUGGUCACGGAUUCUGCCAGUCAUUUCCGCCAAUUCCAUGCAAUCCAUCAUUUUCAUCUGCCAUUCCUCCAGUGUGGGUAGCUCUUGUGUCUUCCAAUACUUUGCGAUGAGUAUUCUUGCUGCUGUUGUAGCAUACAUAAAGAAAGUUCUGUCCUUUUUAACACCGAUUGGCCGACUAUGCCCAGGAGAAAGGCCUCUGGUUUCUUCAAGAAGGUAUAUUUAAAUACCUUUUUUAAUUCAUUAUAUAUCAUCUCCCAGAAAGCCUUAAUCUUUGGGCACGUCCACCAAAGGUGAAAAAAAGUACCUUCAGUUUCUUUACAUUUCCAACAUUUAUUAUCAGGCAAAUGGUAGAUUUUUGCAAGCUUGACUGGGGUUAUGUACCACCUGUAUAUCAUUUUCAUAAUAUUCUCUCUUAAGGCAUUACAUGCCAGUAAACUUCAUACCUGUGGUCCAUAACUGUUCCCAGUCAGCAAACAUAAUAUUAUGUCCAACAUCUUGUGCCCAUUUAAUCAUAGCAGAUUUCACCGUUUCAUCCUGAGUAUUCCAUUUCAACAGCAAGUUAUACAUUCUUGACAAAUUCUUAGUUUUGGGUUCUAACAGUUCUGUUUCUAAUUUUGAUUUUUCCACCUGGAAGCCGAUUUUCUUAUCCAACUUAUAUGCCUCCAUUAUCUGAUAAUAAUGAAGCCAAUCUCUCACUUUGUUUUUUAGUUUCUCGAAACUCUGCAAUUUCAAUUUGUCUCCUUCUUGUUCCAAAAUUUCCCAAUAUUUUGGCCAUUUGACCUCCAUAUUGAGCUUUUUCAAGGCUUUCGCUUCCAUCGGUGACAGCCACCUUGGGGUUUUAUUUUCCAAUAAAUCCUUAUAUCUUAUCCAAACAUUAAAUAAAGCUUUCCUGACAAUAUGGUUUUUAAAUGCUUUAUGUGCUUUGACCUUAUCAUACCACAAGUAUGCAUGCCAUCCAAAUACAUUGUUAAAACCUUCUAAAUCCAAAAUGUCAGUGUUUUCAAGAAGCAGCCAUUCUUUCAACCAGCAAAAAGCUGCUGAUUCAUAAUAAAGUUUAAGGUCUGGCAGGGCAAAUCCACCUCUUUCCUUGGCAUCAGUUAAUAUCUUAAAUUUUAUUCUGGGCUUCUUGCCCUGCCAGACAAAUCUAGAAAUAUCUCUCUGCCACCUCUUGAAACAGUCCAUUUUGUCCACAAUUUGCAAUGUUUGAAACGAAAACAGCAUUCUAGGCAAUACAUUCAUUUUUACCGCAGCAAUACGGCCCGACAGUGAAAGCUUCAAAUUUGACCAGAUUUCAGGGGAGAGGGCUCUUGUGCUCAGGUCCUGUUUGUGGGUUUCUCACAGGCAUCUGGUUGACCACUAUGAAAACAGGGUGCUGGACUAGAUGAGCCACUGGCCUGAUCCAGAAGGCUCUUUUUAGCUUCUUAUUCGGUACAGUCAAAGUUUCUUUUUGCGACUUUUUGAAAAGCAGCAGCUUCCCCCCGCCCAGCUGUGCCACAACAUAAAUCUGAUUUAGAAAGCCUUCCAAACCCUGCAUGUGUCUUGCUAUGUAGUGUGAGAGGGAUGGUGGGUGGUUUGGGGAAGCCAAGUCAGAAGCCCCCUGUGGCACGUGGAGCUAAUUGUGUCGUUUGGAUCUGGAGCAGGGGUGAGGGGCUCUUUUAGCCCAAGGGCCACAUUCUCUCCUGGGCAACCUCCUGGGGUCCAGAUGUCUGCAGUGGGUAGGCAGAGCAACAGGUGCGACUGAUCUUUUGUGCAGCGGGUUAUGCUCUAGCCAUCGCCCCUCCAUCUGGGCAAGAGGCUUUAUUACAGUCCAAGGACAUAUUCCAGCCAGGGCAAAGCAUCUGAAGAGGGAUGCAGAGCAGCGGAGGCGGCUAAGCUCCAGGGAGAGUCACAAGGGCUGGAUAGGGAGGGCCGCAUUUGGCCUCUAGGAUGGUGUUUCCCCACCCAUGCUCCAGAGAGGCAUCCAGAUUAUAAGCACAUGGUGGUGACCUCUGUGAUUCAUGCUGGAGAAACCUGUACCUGUGACGGAACAGUUUGGGCAUGUUUUAACCAUGCCCAAACCAGCCCCCCUGUAAACAAGGUGUGUGUGAAGUGGGUUUCUGCUAGCCAUCCCAUCUGCAGCCAGACUCUUUUACUGUUUCCUCUUUUCCCAAUCCCAGCAUUGGCCCGUCUGCCUGCCCUCUACAGGAAUUUUGCAGCUGAACAGUACGCCAGCGUCUUUGCCAUCUCCUUGCCCUACACAAACCCCUCCAAGUAAGUUGUGGGUGGGUUGUGGUGGUUGUUUUGGUGGAGGUGUUUUGUGGGAUGUGCUGGCUGAGGCUGGUGGGAGUUGUAGUCCCAAAACAUCUGGAGGCCACCAGGUUGGGAAAGGCUGCUAUAAGCUAUAACCAAGGCAAAACUCCCUCCCAUACAUCACCAUACAUCAUCUGUCGUAACUGUUGUCCUCUCUGUUUCUCCAGUCUGCACAACAAAUGGCGUGUGUUUGUCAGCCUUUCUCUUUAAAUUUUAUUUUUCGGCCUUCAGUGGGGAGUUUGGUUGCCUUUCCAUGAUUGCACACUUUAAAUCCUGUUGUUAAAUAGAAACAUUCCCCUUAACCUUUUUAUGUUCUAAGUUUCCAGCUAGUAUAAGUAAUAUCACAGUGUGAUGCUAAUGACGUGUUGCACAGUAAUUAACAUAUAUACUAUUUUAAGCAUUGCAUCUUGCCAUAACAUGAUUAUUCCCCUUGAAUGCCUUCCAGGUUUAACCAGUACAUUGUGUGCCUGGCGCAUCACGUCAUAGCCAUGUGGUUUAUCAAGUGCCGCCUUCCCUUUCGGAAAGACUUUGUCCCCUUUAUUACCAAGGUAAGCUGGUUGCUGUGCCUGAGAAGCACAGGGGAAGAGCUGACAUGCCGGACAGGAGACAGGGAGCAGGAUGGGACCAUGACGGACACUGCCGCUCUGUGGUGAGCUCCGCCUCCAGAGCAGUCCACAAAACAGAGGAGGAAACUUCUUGCCCUGUUCCACCACGGGACUAUGUUUUUGGGGUGGUUUUUCAAUGUGGCGUAGAUUCUCAGUGGGCUGGUCCACACUAAAUUUUGUUCUUGAGCUUUACAGUUUGUGAUUUGUCUUGAGGAAGCAAACCCACAGGUUCAGGUUUGGGUGAUGUGCUCAGCCAAACCAUGGCUUGACUCAUAGCAGUACAUUAGCAGGAGGACCUGGAAGCAGGGGGGGUGCAGAUUCCUCCUCCUUCUCCAGGAACUCUUGAGCUGGUGCUUUUGCACAGUUUGGUUUAGCGUUAUGUGUGAACCGGGUCAUUAUAUGGCUCCAGCCAAACAUCUUAGCAGAAGGCAGACAGGGAUUAAGGCUUGGAGGAAUUUGCUUCGGGACAGAGACUGAGCCAGGGAAAGGGAACCUGCUGUCUUCUGGAUGUUGCUGGACUCCCAUCGCCCAGCAUGACCAGUGAUCAGGGAUGAUGGGAGUUGAAGUCCACAACAGCCAGAGGACCACAGCUUCUCCAUGCCUGGACUCAAAGAUCUCAGUCCUGCCACCCUCACAGGCCCAUUUUGGUGGGGGGAAAGGGAGAGGGCCUUCUUAGUAGCUGCUCCUGGAUUUUGGAACUCUCUUCCUAGAGAAGCCAGACUGGCUUUCUCCUUGUCCUUCCACUGGCAGGGGAAGACUGUCCAAUUCUGACAGGCGUUCGAGAACUGGCUGGUUUUUAAGGAAACGGUUUUUAAUUGUGCUGUUUUCAUUGCUUUUAUUACCUGUAUUCUAAUAGAUUUGUAUUUUAUAUUGUUUUAACUCCAUUACAGUUGAAUUAUUUUUUACGGUUUUUCUUUUAUAUGUUUUUAGCUUUUUGUACAGUGGUAUCUCGGGUUACAAACUUAAUUUGUUCUGGAGGUCCGUUCUUAACCCGAAACUGUUCUUAACCUGAGGCGCACUUUCACUAAUGGGGCCUCCCGCUGCUGGCGCACCGCUGGUGAGCGAUUUCCAUUCUCAUCCUGGGGCAAAGUUUGCAACCCGGAGCAACUACUUUUGGGUUAGCAGAGUUUGUAACCCAAAGUGUUUGUAACCUGAAGUGUUGGUAACCCGAGGUACCACUGUAUUUUGUUUUAAUUUGUGUAAGCUGUCUUAAGUCCCUCUCCGGGGAAAAGGCAGGAUAUGAAUGUAAAUAUAAUAAUAAUAGCAACUUUCAAGUCUUCUUUGUAUUCUCUUUAUGACAGGGUUUGCGAUCAAAUGUCCUCCUCUCCUUUGAUGACACACCAGAGAAAGACAGCUUCCGGGCUCGUAGCACCAGCUUGAAUGAGAGACCGAAGAGGUAGGUUGUUCCCCGAAGGUCCACUUCUUUUUACAGCACUUUGAAGUGCUUUUUGUUAAAAACACCUAUUUGUUGCCUUCUGGGGGCUGCUACAACUUUUCUGAUGGGUCAGGUUUUAUGCCAAUGAAGCUACCUGAUUUUGUUCUGAUGAUGGUCCAUGCCCUUGCAGCUGAAAGCUGUCCUACCUCGACUCAUUGCUCAGUCCAGUUUGAAGUGUCCUAUUUUGCCUCCUCUCAUCCUGCAAUGCAGGGCUGGAAGACCUCUAGCCCUCCGACCAUCACCCCCUGCCAGCAUAGCCAGAUGUCAGGGAUGAUGAGUCUUGUCGUUCAACAGUAGCUGGACGUUCCCUACCCCUGCUGUAAUGAUCAGGUUGCAGCCCAUUUAGCUGGUGGUUACACUGGAACAUUUUGUAAGCUUUUCAGCACCAGACUUCUUCACCCCCAAUCUGGAGAGGGAGGAAAAACUGCAAAAACAUUAUGAUUUGUUCAGAGAUAACUAUGGUCAAUUGAAAGCAUUAAAGCUGCUUUCAGUGGGGUUUUUGAAAAAACUGCGGGUAGCUUUUCUGCAUUGGCUGACUUUGCAUCUGGGAAAAGCAAUCCUAGCAUUGCAUUCACUGUCCAUGCAGCAGUCUUUGGGUUAGGGAUUCAGAGUUGGUUUGCCCCUGAAUGUCAUUGGUUGGGAAUCACAACCAACUGCAGUCACGUCCUGCUUAUGGGCUUCCUGUUGGAGCAUCUAGUUGGCUGCUGUAGAACUUGUUGCUGGACUAGAAGGGCCACCUUUGGGCCAGUUCAGCAGGGCUUUUCUGAUGUUCUUGUGUUCAGAACUUGCUAGUGGUACUGGUGUAUUCCAUAGCAAUUGCCAUUGCAGUCUCCUGGCCUGGCUGUAUCAUUAGUCUUUGGGCCCUUCCAGACUGGUGGUGUCUUUUUGGUCUUCAUGUCAUGGAUACAACAUUACCGCAUUAGUGCUGGGUCCGUCCACACGUCCUUCCCGUUUAUUAGUUGUUCUGCAGCGUUUCUCCCAACAUUACCAGAGGGUAUCCUCACACAUGUAGUGCAGCGAAAAAUAAAUUGGAACAUUUGUGGUAUGAAAAGCUACAGGAUUUCAGCAGGAAGUUUUGGGACAUGCACCUAACUGGAAACAGAGUAGGAUGUCCCCCCAAAAACUUCUACAGAUGCAAAGUGCUAUGAAAGUGGGAUUGUGCACAACAGCCCUGAUACCAAACCACCAUGAAGGCACAAUAAAAAGGAAGUCUGGAGGGGCCACAUGGAAAACAAUGUGGUGCUUGAAGUGCCUUUUGAAUCUGGGUGACCCAGGUUCUGAUCUCUGCCUGCCCAUGAAGCGUGUCUGCCCCUUCACCACCUCAACAAUGAUACCCUCAAGCUUUUUAGGCAGAGAGUUUUCCAACUAGGCCCAUGAAGUUCCAAAGGUGCAUGGCCUACCUUUCAUUUCGCUGCCGCCCUGGGAAUUGUUUUGUGCCUGCAAAUUAAAGCACAGCUGGUGAUAUUCUUGACCUCGGAGUUACAAACGAGGCUCGCCACUUCUCUAGCCAGCCUUUUUGUGUCCGUCAUUUUCCUUUUGAGUUGUGGCUCCCAUCGCCACUUCCUUGCCUUGGCAUUUUUGAUUUUACUAAGUUGGGAUACUGUUGAGUUGAAAAGUUGUUCUGCAAGAGGUACUUUCAAAACACCCACUGCCAUUAUUCUGGGAGUGGCAGUAGCCACGAUUUGUAGUUGAAAAGUAGCAGGAGUGUCAGUCAACCCUAAAAGGCACCUUUGGUUGGAUGCAAAUGGUUUGUGUGUGAUUUGCUUCCUGGUCAGAAAACCCACAAGAAACCCCAGGUGUGUGUGCUGCUCUGUAAAACCAGGAACCUCUUGGAGCUCCUUUUCAUUUUCUGGGAAUGAAACACGCAAACUUAUGCCCUGGGUGUUCUUUGAGCGGGAGAUACACCCUCCCUGUGUUAUCUAUUUUUUUAGUCAGUCAGGCAGCGGUUUCACCCUCAAACCUUAGUGAUAAUGUUGCAGUGAGAUCCAGCAGCAUAAAUGUAGCCAGGCAUUGCCCUGAGGGAACUUGCUCACUCCAUAGGUACAUUUUGUUUUGCUGGAGACACUUCACAGAAGGGAAAAUAGCAGAAGCUGUUGCUACUUGCGCUUUAUGCUGCCCUCACCCCAUGAAUCUGCUUUAGACCUUGAUGUUGGGGCUGAUGAUUCCAUAGUCUUCUGUCUUGUCAUUUAAUUGGGUUUGGGUUUUGUGAACUGUGCCUCUGAGCUAAUGCAUAUUGCACAUUCCCUACCCACUGAACAGGCACACUUUUAUUAUUUUUGCUCAGGGCUCCAUAGUAUUCCAACUGCCACUUUUAUUUUGUAACAUUUAUCAAUCUGGGGUAGAAUGGGGGAGAUGUCGGCUGUCUUUCUGUUGUCUUUUUUCAUUUUUGAAAUGUUUGUUUAUGCUUUUUGAGUUUUGCUUAUUGUGUUUAAUUCCCCCCUCCCUCCUUUUUUUGGCAUCCUGUUUUUUUGUUUCUAUUUUUACAUCACCUUCCGGGACUUUUGUGGCCUUCCAACCUCCAUCCUUCCACUGAUUUUCCUCCUGUGCAAAAUCACACCUCCUUUACGUGGGGUCUUGGUGGUGGUGCCGCUGCCUGUUCUUCACCCCUAGUAGCUUUAAGAUAGCCAAAAAUGCCAGGCAAAGCUUGAAUAAUUCUCCUCCAGUGAAAGAGCUGAAAGAACCCUCUGGUGUCGAUGCCUUCCGGUCCCGCAGCAUCAGUGUCUCUGACCAUGCAGCCCACAGGUAGUGAUUCUUGGAGAGCCACCUGGGCUCGCGGCCACAUUACUUGCUAUGAUGGGGAGGGUGGCAGAUGGAACAGAGGGGAUUUGCAUGCUGGGGUUCUUGCAUGAUUUCCUUAGAACUGAGCCCCACCCAACAAGGUUUGCACCCCAGCAAGUGCUUUCUUCUGUUUGCCUGUUUUAAGAUUGAAAAGGACACACAAUUUAACGCUGAUGCAAAUGUAGGUUUAGUUGCAAGACCCCCACUGAUAAAGAUGUGAGAGAGAUGUGAGACAGCUGGUUUUGGUUGGGCUUGACCUUUCCCCCCAAAUGGUGGUUGUUCCAAAGGCAACUUCUUGAAUUAAAAAAUAAUAAUUAAAAGUGCUGCAUUUUAUAGGGUAGCUGUCACAAGACUAUUUAGCCAUAGGAUGAACUAGAAGGUAACUUUACCAUGUGGCACAAGAGACCUCUUGAUAUAAAGUUUUGAUAAGCUGGUGAUCAGAUCUGUUCUGUGCUGUCCCGUUAUUUUGUACAACACAAUGUGUUGCUUAAAUUUUUAGAGGGAUAGCCCUUGGGUUUGUCUCCUGUAGCAAAAAUGACAAAAGUGUCUUGUGACACCUUUUAAAGAUGAACAAAUUUAUUAUGCUAUAAUAGCUUUCAUGGACUCAAGCCACGGAAUGCUGUGUCUGAUGACGUGACCUUGAGUCCAUGAAGUUUUUGCCAUCAUAUAUUUUUUAGUCUUUGAGGUGCCACAAGGGGCUCCUUGUUUUUCAGGUACCCUUCACUUUGGGGGCUGCUGAUUUUAUUUAUGCUAUCCCACGGUUAGAUUCAUAGAAAGUAUAGAAAGGAAUGUCAGUUUAUAACAGUAAUGACCUGGCACAAUCCUAACCAUGUCUACUCGGAAGUAAGUCCUACUGAAUGCAGCGGGGCUUACUCCAAAAUUUGCAGGAUUAGGAUCACAGCCUUAACGAGCUCUUAAGCCCCCAUAGUCAGCAACUGUGUCUCUUGGAGGGCUGCUUAGAAAUGGAAUCCAGGUCUGUGACUACCUAGCCUGAUAAGUGACCUGCUUGUAGGUCCGGUUGCCACAGAUGCCAUACAGCUACAACCUCCCCCCCUCCAGCAAUUGAGGGGUUAGGCAAGCCUACUCCAAGCAGAUGAAAUAGCCCCUCUUUAGUUACUCUCCCUCCUAGAUUUUAAGAAGAAACAUAGGCUCUCAUGAUCCCAUAUUUCAGGUCAGUCUCCUUCAUGGAACCACAUUCCAAAGUUUGAUAUCCAUAAAAAUACUGCUAAGCUUGUGUAUGUGUGUCCCACCCACCCCUGCUUCCCAGCUUGCUGCAUGCUGUAGAGAUUGUGAGACAACUGGUUUUCCUUGUCCAUUGUGCUUUGGCAAACGUCCGACCCACCUUUUUCCAGCCGGCUGCAGACCUCCAUCACCAGUUCCAGCCUGGGAUCUGCUGACGAGAACUCUAUGGCUCAAGCGGACGACAGCCUGAAAAAUCUCCACUUGGAGCUGACGGAGACCUGCCUCGACAUGAUGGCUCGAUAUGUCUUCUCAAACUUCACAGCUGUGCCCAAAAGGUUUCAGUUCUUACUCAAAGCCCGAGUCCCCAGCCCUCUUUCAGGGAUGGCUAUUGUUGGUUUUAUAUGCCAACUGCUUUGGCUCCUUAUUUGCUUCUCAAAAUGUGAUACGCCCUUUCCUUAUCGUGAAAUAUUAUGCCCCUUAUAAUGAAGUAUGAACUGGAUCUUCGUCACCUUUCUGCAUCCUGGUGCUGCUUUGGACUAUCUCCCAAUAGGCCCCAACCAGUGUGGUCAGUGGCCAGGAAUGAUGGGAUUUGUAGUCCAUCUAGAUGGCACCAAGUUGGCUAACCCUGGCUUAGAUGGCCUUAAAAGGACUGGAUGUGGGAACCAGUGAAUUGGUCUUAUUUGCCAUGAUAGCUCUGUGGAGUCCCCAUGAUCAGAAGGAACAUCUCUCCGGUGGUAGGGAAUGUCCUGUUUUGUGGGCAGAGAAUGCUUUUACCUGAUGGACCUUUGGCCGGAUUCAUCAAGGUGGUUCUUCAGUUCCUUCAUUUCAGCCUUCCUCAGCCUGACGCCUGUCAGAUGUUUUGUUGGACUACAGCUCCCAGGAGCCCCAGCCAGCACCGCUAUAUGAUGCUGGAGCUGAUGGGAGCAUGACUAUAUUGGCUGGGGAUGAUGGGAGUUGUAGCAGCUGCUUUAAUUCAUUGCCCAUGUCUUCCCGAUGCUUCCAGGUCUCCGGUGGGAGAGUUUCUCCUCGCUGGAGGGAGGACCAAGACGUGGCUGGUGGGCAACAAGCUGGUGACAAUCACAACAAGCGUCGGGACGGGAACCAGGUCUCUCCUGGGCCUUGACUUGUCAGAGACACAGAACAGCACAGAGGCAAGGUAAGCCCUGAUGCCCCUCUCACCCCCUUUUAAAAAUAAUAACAAAGCAAAGGAGACUGGGGAAAUGACGCUGGGCACUCUUAAAACUCCAGGGGUUGAGGGUAGGGAAGAUGGGGCAAAUAACUAUUGUGGGGUGUUGUCACAGAGUUUUUAAUUUUGACUAGGGGUGGGUGUGGAAAUGGGAGGAAAGGGUUCCUUUGCACAAAGAGCCUGGUCUCAAAAUCUGUCUGGGACUGGGAGGCCACUUGCUCACCCUUCUCCGCCUUCUGCCACAAGAGGAUGCUCCCUUAUGCUGUUUUACACAGGAAGAGAGGAAGCUGCCUUUUACUGAGUCAGACCAUUGGUCCAUCUAGCCCAGUACUGUCUACACUGCUUGGCAGGGGCUCUCCAGGGUUUCAGGCAGGAGGCAUUCUCAGCCCUACCUGGAGAUACAGGGGCUGGAGCUUGGGACCUUCUGCAUGGAAGGCAGGUGCUUAUCCCUUUGUGCUGCGGCCCUUCCCCAUCUACCCCAGUUGAUAGCAGCGCUGGAGGGUCUUGGCCUUUCCCAGUCUCCUGGUCCCCUUAACUGGAGAUGGUGGUACGCCUGCUGGGCCUUCUGCAUGCAGAGCAGGUGUUCUGCCACUGAACCAUGGCCCCUCCCCACAAGAUCUACCAGCGGAGACAAAUUAAUUCCUUUGCGGACUGACGGCAUUCCUGCUUUGGAUUCCUAGCUCCGACCACACCUUGCAAGUGAGGCAGACCAAAGAAGCUCCAGCCAAGCUUGAGUCCCAGGCUGGCCCACAAGUGGUUCGAACCCGCAACCGUGUUAGGUCGAUGUCCGGUAAGGAGCCUCCCCUGAUUUCUCUGUAUGGAAGAUUCAGGUGUUUAGAGCCAUAAGGCUUGCUUAUAUUGUUUGUUCAGGAUCAGGCCUAGCAACUGCAGAGUAGUUACUCCUGAGACAAAUGGGGUUUGAGAAUGUAAGAGGAGCAGCCUGCUGAAUCAGGUCUAAAGGGGCCCAUCUAUCCCAGCAUCCUGUUCUCACAGUGGCCAGCCAAAUGCACCAGUGGGAAGCCAGCAAGCAUACACUUUCCUCAUUUGUGAUUCCCAGAGGGAUAAUGCGCCAGUAUUUCAGUGGCAACUGGUUGGCUAAAUUGAUGGUGCUCUGAAGGAUAUGCAUCUGUCCCCAAUUCACACACUAUGCCAGAGCGGUGUGCAGCAAUAUAGAAGGAGGUGCCAUGAAAUUUUGACCUGCUGUUCCCUGGUAAAUGCAUCCAUAGCCUUCAGCUGAUUAUCCAGUGCUUGCAGGCUGGAGCUGGUAGGAGUUGUCUUCUAAAAUGGUGGUAGGAGUUGUAUUCUAAAAUGGUGCUGACUGGGGGAGGGGCUGAUGGGAGUUGUAGUCCCAAACAUCUGAAGGGCACCCAGUUAGCAAAGCUUGGCUUAUUGUGACUGUUCGGCCCAGCAGUUCUCCCUCCUAGAAUAACUGGAGUUCUGUCCUUAUAAGCAACUUCUUAGUCCUACCUACUUGUUUCCAGUUUCUGGGGCUUCUCUGUGAAUUCCUCUUCUCCUUGUUUGCUAGACAGUUGCCCAGGCUUGACCUGGUUACUCGAGGGCUAAAGAACCAGGGGCUUGAUGUCAUUCUCUUGUGCUUGAAUCCUGCUUGCAGGUUUCCCACAGGAAUCUGGUUGGCCACUGUGAGAAUGCGAUGCUGGGCCAUGGGCGUGACUCAGCCAGCUCUUCUAAGGUUCUCAGCGCUUAGUCAAUAGAAACUGGUUUGGGAGAGGUGCCUCUUAGUUUAGCCUCUACCAGCAGGAGACGCAUUCUGACCUCAGUGGAGCCCACCACAAUCUCCAUACAGCUGCCUGUAUGUGUUAAGGAGAAUUCACAGGUGUGCCGAAGAUUCCCCCCCUUCCCAAUAAAAUACAUCACCUGAACUACUUUAGGGUCUGUCUCUGCCUUCUGAUUCACACUGGUGAUUGCUUGCCCUGAUAAUAAACGCUUUGGAUAUGAGAGGAUCCCCCAUGCAGAGGAUCUUUGUACUGCUAGAUCAAUACUUCAGCCCUAGAGUGGGAUUAACAGUCACUGGAAGCCCCAGGAGGGGAGGGUGCUCUGGUGUUCAUAUCUCCCUUGCAGCUUCCCUUGUAGGCUUUUGUUUGGGCACUGUGAGUACAGGAGGCUGCACUAGGUGGGCCACUGGCCUCAUCCAGCAGGCGCUUCUUAUAUUCCUAAGCACACACAGUUCAACUCUGUUUCUUCUCAAUAGCUGCGUAUGUUUUUUGUAUCGUCUUUGAACCAAUAUGCAGCCCUGCUGCAAAAUCCUCCUAACCUCUCUGCUUCCUCCGAAUGUCCUUUUGCCAUCCAGGUGGCCACGCCUUGCGGGUUGGGGCAUUAGACACCUCCACCUCCCAUUUUCCUGCCACCCCGAUGCCCCAAGGAUUUCAGAGCUCUCCUGCUCCUACUGCUGCUCGAGCGGAAAAGGCCGCUCCUGGGCCUCUACAGAAGGAAAAGGCCAACUUGGCUGCGUACGUCCCCCUGCUAACACAAGGCUGGGCGGAGAUACUGGUGCGGAGACCGACAGGUAGGCCAGGUGAAAUGUAUGCCUUCACAAAUAUGUAAAAUGGCAUGUGUUGGUGCACAUGUUUCCAUGUUGCUGAGUGUAAAGGGCUUAAUCAGUACCUUAUCCUAGAAUCAUAGGAAUGAUGUAACACUGCGUUAUUAUAGGAGUCUUUCAGGAAUGUGUCCUAGUUGCAGCCCUUUGUUUAUGUUGUGACACGGACAAGCAAUGAUGUUCCAUCAGCCUGGUGAGAAGUGUUUUGUUAUAAUGCUAAAAAGCAAUUAGCACUUGGAGAGAGCACUUCUUCCCAUGCCUUAUGGCUCUGGUGUAGGGGACCUCCAGCGUUCCGUGUAAAGUUACCAACUGUUCCCUAACGUGAAGAUCAGUUAUGGUGCACAAAGUGCUGUGGAAAGCAACUUGCCCAUUGCUAUCUGUUUUCCCACUGCUCUGUAUGUAGCUGCAGGGAAGAGGGGCUGGAGUUCAGUGGUAGAGUACAUGCUAGGCAUGCAAAAGGCUCCAGGUUUCAUCCCCAUCAUUCCCUGAUCAGGAGCAAGUGACAGAAAAGCCACAGCACAGGGCAGGAGGGGCCCACAGGCUGACCUGGCAAAAGGCAGCUUCUUGUGUUCUUAUGUCAUUCUUUUAAGGCUGUGCAUGGCACCCCCAAUCGAGUCUGGGACUCUGGAUCAGCCCUGAUCUGACUCUGGACAGUCUAGGACCAACAUGGACCAGGGGCCUGAAUUGAUCUGGGGUGGGGGCGGUCAGCCCUAGCAUUUAAUUAAUGUUUUAAACAUGCUGUUGGGAAGGGAACGUGUUGAUCAGUGGAAAGGUUAAUCCUGCUGGAAUCACCAGCACCUUUCCUGCAGGCUGGGUGAAGCAGAUCCUGCAGAUGCUGCCUGCCUCCCCUCACUCCCAGGCGAUCCGGAGCUCUCUUGGCCUCAUUGGGCCAAAGCCUGAGUCAGCCUACUUUGGGUCCAGGCAUUAUUUGAAUCUGGUGCACAGCCCCAGUGUCUCUAGGCAGAGCUCUCCAUUCACCUAGGAGGCCAGUGCUGGAUGUUUGAGAUGUGCGUAACCUGGAAUGAGACCCUGCAGGACAUUUAUGAAAGAGGGAAACAAGACUGGGGUUAUUAACGGGGAUUUUAUUUUAUUUUUAAAUCUCAGUGGCAUGUUCUGCUUUGUUCUGCAUCUUCACCUUCCCACCACUCCAGGUAACACAAGCUGGCUGAUGAGCCUAGAGAACUCCCUGAGCCCGUUUUCCUCGGAUAUCAACAGCAUGCCCCUGCAGGAGCUCUCCAACGCUCUCAUGGCGGCCGAGCGCUUCAAGGAGCACCGCGACCCCACCCUGUACAAGUCCCUCUCGGUCCCUUCCUCCACCUUGCCAACGGGGACUGCCAAGCCGUACUUUCUGCAGCGCUCAAACACAGGUGAGGCAGCGCAGUGGCUGGCCCAGGAGAGGGGGUGCGAGGAUGAGACCAUAGCUAGCCAUUCCCAGCCAAAGUGCUUCAUGGCAGAGCCACUCUGCUUUAGGAGAAUAGGAGGCGCACGCAAUUCACCUUCCUAAAAGGAAGUCUUUAAUCUAGCCUGAAGCCCAGCCACUGUUACGGCAGGCCAUGUGUGGGGCUAGCAGGGGCUGAUGGGAAGUGUAGUCCAAAACAGUUGGAGAGCUCCAGGUUCGGGAAAGCUGCCUUAAUCAAUUAGACAUAAUUCCAUUAUGAUCAUGCUUCUUGAAUAAAUUAUGCUGCCACAUUCACACCAUUCAUGGAAAGCAGUAUGGGGUAAGGUGAAGGUAAAGGACCCCCUGGACGGUUAAGUCCAGUCAAAGGCAACUAUGGGGUGUGGCAGUCAUCUCGCUUUCAGGCCAAGGGAGCUGAUGUUUGUCCACAGCUUUCCGAGUCUUGUGGUCAGCAUGACUAAACCGCUUCUGGCACAAUGGAACACCGUGACGGAAGCCAGAGGAUUCUUUGAGGGAAUGACUUUUUAAAAAGUGGUAUUACAUUUCUUUUAAUGCAUGCUGUGAAUGUGGUCUUGCUGAAGAAAUGCAGGAUAGAAACAUAAAUACUUAGGGUUGUAUCCAAUGUUAUCCCUAUGUGGAGUAGACCUAUUGAAAUUCAUCGGCAUGACUAAAGUCGGGUUGCCAUACGUCUGGAUUUUCCUGGAUCCCCACCCCCCAAAAAAAGCUCAGCAACUUUCCCUAAAAAAGCCUUUUGUGUCUGGAUUUUUACUUCUUGAAAUAUGGCAAACCUAGACUAAAGAUUUGUAAAUUUCAAUGGGUCUGUUCUGAAUAACAGUUGGAUACAACUCUGAAUAAUCCAUUUUACUUAUGUGUGUAUAAUUCAGUCAUAGAAAGAAGCACACUGCCCAUUUCACUAAACACAGCAGAAUGUGUGCUUCUGCUGAGGCAGCCUUAGCCAAAGAGUGUUUUGAUCAAUGCAUGUUUCACUCAUGAGUCUAGGUCUCCUUCCAGAAGUUGUCAGGGCAGACUGGGUGGACUCUGUUAAAGCUCCCUUGUUCUGUAACAAUGGUCUGCAGCAAGAAGGGGGGUUGGAGACUUCCCUUGCUGCUCAGGUCUGUGUUUAUUUCAAACACCAAUGUUCUGUGCCAGAGUAGCUCAGAUUCUGUAACCUGGCUAAAUUAUGCAAAUUAGUAUGCAUGGUUUUCUUUUUCUUUUUGCAUAAUUUUUUCUGUGAUCUUUUUGUGUGCGUAAUUUUGUUUCUGCUCAUCAUGGGGAGAAAGGCACAGAUCUGUGCAAGAGCCCUGAUAAAACUGGGAAUGUUUCCUGCAGUUGCUCUGACUUCAGCCAUUGCCCCCAGAAGCACAUAUUUACACAACCACAGGGACUAGAAUCUUGUUUCUUUUUAUCCUGCAGGCAGCUGCAUAUCCCGCAUCUUUUCUGUUCUCCUUUGGAAUUGCAGCAUUGCACACAGCUCUGCUGCAGCCCCGCCCACACGAACAGUGUCCUGCCUACUCACCUUCCCGCCCCCCCCCCCCCCGUUUCUGAGAUUUAACCUGUUGCUACCCACUCACUUUCUAGCUAAUCUGAAUAGCACCGAUGACAGUAAAUGAGGCUGCUGGUGGGUUUGUUUCUGUUUUUAGAUGGAAAUAUAGUUAAUGCCCAGAUUCUAAAUAUUGUGCACUGUACCACACACUCUUGGCCAACCUGGAAGGCAUCAGGUUGGGGAAAACUGCUCUCCCAAAUUUUACACCUGUGCAGGACAGAUCUCAAGAACAGAGAACAUGCAUGCCUCCUGGCAUUAAACAUUGAAAUCAAUGGCCAUGACUCCUGUUGGUAAAUUCAUUUCAGGGGGUCUACUCUGAGUAGGACUUAGUUGGAGACAACUCUAAAUUCAGGUGAAUCGGUCACAGACCAGUUUAAAUUCGAGUGUUAUUGACAGCAUCUAAAGUGCGGUGUAAAAAAAAAAAGUAGUAGUGUUCAGAUGCCCAUUUGCCAGGAAAUUUUAAGAUGCAAGAACCUGGGAGCUGGGAGCUUUUCUUUUUCCUGGUGCUCUAAGGCUGAACCGCUGUAGUGAUGGAAGUGCUGGUGGUUUCCCCACCUCUUUGGGUUGUGUUUUAGUUUAGGGAAAGGGAGGGUUUCGGGGAUAAGUGACUAAUCUCAUAUCUCCUUUUCCUGACUUCCUGAACCGUACCUACUUGCAUAAGCCGCCUCUUCUUAACCAUUCCAUUGUCCAGUAUUCAGUGUGGGUAUCUGGAUGUUUCUCCCUCCCUUCUCUCAUUGACUGAUUUACCGAGCCCAGAACAACUUUGUUCCAGGGUGCCUCAGGGACCUCCUGAUCCCUUUCACCCCAGCUCAAUCACUGAGAUCAUUGCAGGAGCAUCACUGGACAUUUCCCAAGCUGGUGAAGCUCAUUUGACAACGAACUGAACCUUUCGUGCCAUUGACCCAGUAUUGUGCCUGUGGAGACUGUUCCAGCCUUUAAACACCUGCUGAAAACUUCCCCAUUUUGCCAGGCCUUAUUUGGGCAGUUAAGAAUACAUCUUUCCACAAUAGUUAGCUGAUUUCUUAUUUUAACACACACACGGUUUUAUGUACAUUUGCUGUACGUUGCUCUGGUUUUUGUUUUAUGAAUUAGCGGUAUCUAAAUAUUUGUAUGAAUAAAAAUAAUAAUGCAGGGCAAAGUCCACUGUCAAGUUCUCUGCAAGCCCUUUUGAAGUUCUUGCUCUUUUCAUUGAGAAUUGCGAAGGAGGACCAUCUGCUGCAUUGCACCAUGUUGGAUGGCUCCAUCCUCGUUUGGGGCAGGGGUAGGAGGAGGAAACUUUCCCUGUAACACAGCCUUUGGCAAUAUGGUGCCCACCAGAUGUUUGGGACUAUAACUCCCAUCAUUCCCAGCCACCAUGGCUGAUGAGUAUUCUGGUCUAAAAUGGCCGGGUGAUAAAUUAAAAUCAUCACCAUCAUCCCAAGCUAUGUUGCAGGGGUCCUCAGCCCCCAAAGGCUCAGCCUUGGCUACACCUCUUCUAAGUGCUCUCACACUUCCCUACCCUGUUAUUUUCUCCCAUGUAUUUUGUUGAAGCUGACUCUCUUUCUGAUUAUGUGUUAAAACUCGGUGCUUUAAUUUUAUUUAUUUAUUUUCUCCAUAGAGUCUCUUCCUCUCUCUCUUCCUCUCCUUCCUUUUUGAUGUCAUUCCUCCCUUGGUUUUCCCUUCACAGUGGCCUCUUUCUCUUCCAUGUACCUGACCAGUUCUCAAGAAAAGUUGCACAGGAGCAUUUCCUGGGCAGGUAUACUUGCAUAUCUUUAAAGGAGGUUUUUAAAAAAAUAAUAAUAAAAAGAAAAGCAAGAAGGAGGAGGGAGGGGGAGCAAGUAUUGACAUAAAAAGAAACAAGCACUGUGAUUCAUAGAGGCUGCCUUUCCUCGUGCUUCCAUCCACUCCUUCCAUGUUUUAUGUCUGUCCCUGAUCUCAUUGCACUCCAGGGAUGGAAAUUCCAGUGGGCAUAAACAAGUCCAAGCCAGACAUGGCCUCGGUUGGUCCAUGAAAGCUCCACAAUGCCUUGGUUUUGGGGUGGGUGGGGAAGCUCUUUAUAGGCAGGCCACCAAACUGUAGGGCAGGGCUGCCCAAUGUAGUUGCCCACCAAAUGAUGUUGGACUUCCAACUCCUACCAGCCCCAGCCAACGUCACCAACAGCUGGGGGUUAUUAUACCUUUAUCCUGGCCUUUGGCACCUGAAAUGUUUGUUUACAGGGCCCAUCCUAUUCCUGUGGUUGUGUUCUGUUUUAACUGUUUCAGAUUUUAAAUUGUUGUGACCCACGCUGGGACCUGCUGGUGAAGGGCAGGAAAUAUUAUUAUUAUUAUUAUUAUUUGUUGCAUUCUAACAUCUGGAGUGGACCACAUUGGCUAUCUCUGCUAUAGAACACAGAAAGAAGGAAAGUUGCAAUUCGGGUGCAGCUUAGAAACAGGAAAAACUGAAACUGCCAAUGUUUCUCCACCCCUGCCUUUUGUUCAGUUUUGAGUCUUUCACUUCCACCUCCUCUUUUGUGUGUUGACCCUCAACCCAUCCACAAAUAAUAAGUCUAUCAAUCAAAAUUCUAUCUGAAUUAAGGCAAGGAGGUUAAGAAAUCUUUCAGGGGGUCUGUAUUUCUGUUGCCUACUCACGUGAAGGCUGCACACUAGACUUUAGCCUUUGCCAAUCUUGUACUCCUCAGAUGUUUUGGGAUUAUUAACGCCUAACAGCCCCAGCCAGGAUAGCCAAGCUCGCUGGGGCUGAUGGGAGCUGUAGCCUGAAGCAGCAGCAGCAGCAACAACAACAGUUACAUUUAUAUAUUAUCUUUAUCUUCCAAGGAUCUCAAAGGGGUGUACAUGGUUCUCCUACACCCCAUUUCAUCCUCACAACAACCCUGUGAGGUAGGUUAGGCUAAGAAAUGAUGACUGGCCCAAGGUCACCCAGGGAGCUUCAUGGUUGAGUGGGGAUUUGAACCUUGAUGUCUCCAGUCAAAGUCUCAGUGUUCUAACCAGUACACCAGACAUCUGGAGGGUACCAGGUUGGCAAAAGCUGCAGUCUAGAGAUCCUUUUGGUUCUACGGUGAACAGAAGCAGAAGCACAAAGCAAAUCAAUGCUGUUUUCGUGCAGUGUACAGAACAUUAUCCAACCCUCGCUUAAAAAAAAAAUCUCAAGUAAAAUUCUCAUGUGGCAUUGCCGCAGGUCACCGUUGAUUGCUGUGUUGGUGAGAUGCUGUUAAAAUGUCCACAGGAUCAGGCAGGAGCCUCUCACUUUGAAAGAAUCUCGCUUUGAACGAAUCUUAAAAACCUUGGUUAAAAAAUGGCAGCCAUUUCACUCUGAAGCAUUAGAGGAAACUGGGCAGGGGUCUUCUGGCUUGGACAGUUUAGCAGAUCAGCACGUUUGUUUGAGGGGUGUGUGUGUGUUUUGUGUGUGUUUACAGCUAACUCUUGAAUUUCUGCUUUGAAAUAACUUUUUUUUAUCUUGCAAGCUGCAAUCAAUCUCCCCCCAAGCUGCUGCAGUGGUGGUCUUGUCUUUCCUUGCUGGUUUUGUUAGUUUCAUUUGUGUGCCGAAAACUAUGUAUUUUUAAAGUUUGUUUUUUUGGGUGUGUGUGCGGGGGGAAACAAUCUCUGCAUGUGCAAUUGGCCUCUAUUUAUUUCUUGUCAGAAUCUGCCGUGGUUCUGGAAGAAGGAAGCCCACCGGAGACGGAUUUAAAAGACACAGAGUCUCGCCUGGAAUCUCAAGAGAUUGAAGACUUUGAAGCUGUGUGUCCGGAGCAAGGCCUAAGCGAGGAGAAGGUGGUCAAAUGCCCUGGGAUGUAUAGUCGGGUCAGUAAGCUCCCUUGCUUGAUCUUGAGUUAAACCUGUCGGGAAGAACUUUUCAUUGAGUGGAAUGUCCCAGGGAGAACGUGACGUUUUUGCAUAAUGAGACAUUCUUGAACUUUCUUCAGAUAAAUAUGCCUUUUGUGAGUGAGUGUGCACACAUGCAUGGGGUGUAGGUUUAGCUGUUAUUGUCAAAGAGGAGUGCAGUUUCCCUGAAUCGUAGAGUUGGAAGGGAUCCCGGUGGUCAUCUAGUCCAACCCGCUACAAUGCAAAACCCUUUUUGCCUAAUGUGGGGCUUGAACUGAGAACCCUGAGCUUAAGAGUUUCAGAUUCAUAUGCAACAUUCUUGACCCAACAAGGUCGCCUCCAAGCGGUGUUCAUUUCCUUGUUUAUUGGACCAAAUUCACAGAAAAAUCUCUAUGCGGUUUACAUAAAAGAAUACACACACACACACGCAGUUGACAGAACUUUAAAACACAUGUAUGGGCUGGCUUGGACUGAUGGGCUGUAGCCCAAAUCAUGAAGAGGCUUUGGCUGAGGCUGCAGUCGAGCUUUCAGGGAAAUUUUGAUGCUUCUCUUCAUCAUCAUCAUCAUCAUCAUCAGCUGCAGCAGCAGCUUAUUUAUAGUUGAGAGACUUUGGGGUUGUAUCCAUUGUUGUACAAGUGGAGUUCUGCUUGCACAGCAGGACUUCCUCUUCUCCGCUCUCCCAUCUCCCCCAACGCUCCAGAGGGGAAGUCUUUUGCAUGGUAACAUAAGAAGCUUCCUUAUACAGAGUCAGACCAUUGGUCCAUCUAGCUUGGUAUUGUCUACACUGACUGGCAGCAGCUCUUCAAGGUUUCAGACUAGGUUCUUUCGCAGGCCUCCCUAGAAAUGCCACUGGCGAUUGAACCUGCCUGGGACCUUCUGCAGGCAAUGCAGAUGCUCUGCCACUGAGCACACAGCCCUUCCGUGAGCAGAACAGUAUGUUGGAUGCAAUACUAUGAUUAGAGCAGGUAUGGGGAACCUUGGACCCUUCUGACGUUGCUGAACUCCCAUCAGCCCCAUCAGCCAGUGUCCAAGGAUGAUGGGAGUUGUAGUUCAGUAAUACCUGGAGGGCCCAAGGUACUUCUGUAUUAGAGCUUGGCAGCUGGUGGCCUCCUGGACACACCAUCCAGUUGCCAAACCUCCCUGUCUUCCUUUUUUCACUGGGCUGCUUGGGAAAUAGAAACAGGGUUGAGGGUGGUCAUCCCUUCUCCUCUACCAAGGGUGCAUUCUUCUCCACAUACUUCAGGCUGGGCUGCCAUAUAAUCAUAGAAUUGUAGAGUGGGAGGGGACCCUGGGGGUCAUCUAGUCCAACACCAUGACAUGCAGAAAUCUCAGCCGAAGCAUCCAUAGCAGGUGGCAAUCCAACCUCUUCUUGAAAACCUCCAAAGAAGGAGAGUCCACAACCUCCCGAGGGAGACCAUUCCAAUGUCAAACAGCUCUUACUGUCAGAAAGCGCUUCCUGAUGUUUAGCUGGAAUCUCCUUUCUUGCAACUUGAAUCCUGCACAAAAGGUCUAGCUUCCCAGUUCCUGCUUGGCCAGAUGGGUUGCUGUCAAGGGUCAUCUUCUCUCAAGUUACCUUUUCAAUGACCACCUCUUCUCCUCCCUUCUCCCUUCCUCCACCCCUGGCUUUGUAGUCCUCGUCGACAUCCAGUCAAGAAGAGAAAAUUCUGAAACCAGAUGAUUUGGCCCCCAUGGGCAUCCCCAUCGAAAGAGCCCGGAACUUGGAAGACAGCCGCGAGUUUGAGGCACUCUCUUUCCAGCCCUCCCAGCCCCUCAGCAAGUCCAGCUCGUCUCCAGAGCUUCAGACCCUCCAAGAAGUCCUCAAGGACACCGGCAGCGAAGAGCCGCCUGGGAAGCUGAGCAGUGACGGGAAGUCCAAGUCUCAGUCGGGACACUUGGAAGGGGAGGCAGCCGGGAGCUGGCUGGGCAGAGGGGAAGAUGACCGCCUCCCUGGGGCACCCAGGGUGGGCUGCAGUGCCCCUCUCUCUUCUCCGCGCUCCCCAACGGGCCACCGCCCCCGAGGGUACACAAUCUCUGAUUCAGCGCCCUCGAGGAGGGGCAAGAGGAUUGAGAGGGACCCCUUCAAGGGGCGCGCAACAGCUUCCAAUGCGGAGAAAGUGCCAGGAAUCAACCCAAGGUGAGUGAAUUGUGCAUGUGGAGAGGCUGCAUGAGACAAGGGACUGCUCUUUCAUUUUUCUUCCUGACCAGGGCUUGGUGACACAUCACAGACAGAUUCGGUGUCCAGAUCAGUGGGUCUCAAACAUUUUUGGGCCUCCACCUCCUUGGUCCCAUAAAUAGAAACCCUAGUGCCCCCUACCCUCAGGGGCGUAGCGUGUUGGGGAGGUGGGGCUUAAGGGGCCAUGUUUUUCUAAGGAGGUAUGACCAGGCACCUCCAUGAUGGGCUCCCUCAUCAGAGCCUGGCUGCAGUGCACAAGACAGCUGCAGAGACUAGCAGCUUCCUCAUGCCCAACACCACCAGCCACAACUCCAAUCCCGGGUCAAAGCUGUCCCUGGGACAGAGAGAGGAGAGUGACUGCCAGGUAUUAAGCAACAUGAAUGACCCUGCUUCUCAGUGUCCUGGGAGCGUUUGGCUGGCUAGUGUUUGAAGCAGUAGGCUGGCAUUGAUGGGCCUUUUACCUGAUCCCACCACAUCAUGUCUGAAUUUGUCCAGUUGCUUUUGGCGGGGCUCACUUGCAUGCUUGGCUAUUGCUGUCUGUAGCGGUGGAGAGUUCUACAUGCUAAGAUUCAGCCGAAACCUUUAGAGAUAAUGGAAUUAAAUCUAUUUUAAUGUUUUCUCCUUAGCUUUGUGUUCCUGCAGUUGUAUCACUCUCCUUUCUUUGGUGAUGAAUCAAACAAGCCCCUCCUGUUGCCAAAUGAGGUAGGUUUCAGCAUGUCAUUUAGGUAGGUUUCAGCAUGCUCUGUUUGCCAACCCCACGUACCCUCUAACCCCUUUGCUAACCACCAUACCUGGCCAGCCCUCCUCCCUUUUCAUAAAAGAUGCCAAGGUGGCUUUGACCAUGCUUGCCGUUCUAAAGCUUUCCUCAUUUUUUUUUAUAUUCUUAGACGUUUGAGAGAUCAGUUCAGCUGCUGGAUCAGAUCCCCCCAUACGAUACCCACAAGAUUGCAGUACUAUAUGUUGGGGAAGGGCAGGUAAGGGCCGUGUGCAUCAGCUUCCUGGAUUUAUUUGGGCAGAAGGUGCUCAGGGAAAAGCUGUUCCCUUCAGGAAACUGUUCCCUUCUGCUGCCUGCGAAGUUUGGGGGACCCUGGGUGCAAAAGGGCCUCCUCGGUGGCAGCCCCCUCAUCUCUGGAAUGGCCUCCCCUCUAAGGUGCAUCAGGCACUGAGAUUGUUAGGAGGUGAAGACGCACCACUUUGCCCCAAUCUUUGGGAGGGAGGUGAGCAUUAUUAUAAGCCCCUUGGUUUGAAAUGUUCCUCUUGCCCACUUCAUGAAAUUAUUUGGCGUUGGUUAUUUUAAUCAUUCUUAUGCAUAUGUGAUUUUUGGUUUUAUUGUAUUCUGCUUUAAUCAUUUUAGUAUCUUUUGCCCUGAGACUAUUUGCUGAAGGAUGGAUUAAAAAUACUGUAAAUAUGUCUUCUAAAAGUCGGAUAGUUGUUUAUUUCCUUGACAUCUGACAGGAGGGCGUUCCACAGGGCGCCACUACCAAGAAGGCCCUCUGCCAGGUUCCCUGUAACCUCACUUCUUGCAGUGAGAGAACCGCUAGAACCACAUGGUAAAAUGGCCUCGCAGAGGAUCCAUUUUGUAGCGGGACAAAAGCAGCUUCCUUACAUGGAGUCAGACCCUUGGUCUGCAUAGCUCAGCAUUGCCAAUACGGACUCUCCAGGGUUUCAGGUCGGGGUCUUUCCCAGCCCUAACUAGAGUUGCCAUCGGGGGAUUCAACCUGGGCCAGCCUUCUGCAUGCAAAGCAGAUGCUCUACCACUGGGCUUUGGCCCUUCCACAUCCUAAAAAGGCCCCAGGUUUUUCUCUAGGUAAAAUAAUGUGGAACCCUCGAGCCUGUUGUCCACACAGCUGCUCUCGUGGUUUUGUCUCCACUCCAGAGCAAUGAUGAGCUCGCCAUCCUUUCCAACGAGCACGGCUCCUACAGGUACACGGAGUUCCUGACCGGCUUGGGAACGCUCAUUGAGCUGAAAGACUGCCAGCCAGACAAGAUUUACCUUGGUGGCUUGGAUGUGUGCGGGGAGGACGGGCUGUUUACCUACUGCUGGCACGAUGACAUCAUGCAAGGUAGGCCUGAAUGAGGGAGUGUCUGUGUGUUGAGGCUGGGUAGCCUCUGUGCCCUUAUUCUUUCAGGGAUAGUGCUUCCCACUUUGCGGAGGGCUCUCUCAUAAUUGGCCCAAUGCAAUUUGAAACCUAGUUUGUGCAGUGUGUAAGUUGAAUGCCCCCCACUGUGAAGAAUAGCGGGCCUGAGGGUGCCUUUAAGGGCAGCAGAGAGGGCAGUUGAUGGGUUUGCCCCAGGGGGCAACACUCCCCACCCCCCAGUCUCCUGCGUAAGCCCCAUUGAGUCUUUUUAAAAUUUUCCUUUCAGCAUUGCUGCUCAUACACUAAACAGACCUUCAACUGGGUGUUUUGGGAUUCCAGCUCCCACCAGUCCUAUCAGGACAGAUGUGCUCCCUUCUGCCCUGGCUGGGGCCGGUGGGAGUUCUCAUCCAAAACAUCUGGAUGUCACCAGGUCGGGGAAGCCUGGUCUAGCAUAUGAAACGUUUCCUCCUCCUGUGGUUUGAGACUCCGAACUGCAUGUAGCCUUCCUUCCUUCCUUAGCCAUUUUCCACAUUGCGACUUUGAUGCCCACCAAAGAUCUGGACAAGUACCGCUGCGACAAGAAACGUCAUCUGGGGAACGACUUUGUGUCCAUCAUUUACAACAAUUCAGGGGAAGACUUCAAGCUGGGGACCAUCAAGGUAAGGAAAUGUGCCUCUGCUGAGCGGCUUGGGCCUGACAGAUGGCCAGUUUGGUUCUGGGAUGAAUUUUUCCGCCUGGAGAUCAUGUGGGGGGAUAGGAGCAAGGUUUUGCUGCAAGAAUCACAGCUCUGUGAUAAAUGCCAGUUUUCCUGUUCCCAAACUCAGAGGAUCCGGGGGUGCCCCGAGCAUUUCCCUUUCCCUCAUGGCCAUGAGCCUCGAGCCUGGCUUGUGUCUGAGAAAACUGCUCCAUUGUUUGGCACAGGAUGAGACGGCCAGACUCUUUCUACUUUGUAAACUCCUUCCUUUCCAUUCCCAACUGCCAGUCGCUCCACAUCUCAGUCUUAACUGGGAACAUCUGAGAACCUCAGUAUCCCUCGACCUGGAAACUAAACCCUGCCUGCAGGCUGUAGGAUUUUCCUCCAGGAAUAUCAAAGUGUAUUCUGUAAUGAGCUUUUCACAGUAAACUGACUUGGGUUGAUUAGGGGUAUGAAAGCUGUUAAGGCCCAAACCCUUCAGCCUGAUGGAACUCAAGACAGGCUUGCUUUGUCCUACCCUUACUAAGGUGGCUGCAAGGGAAGAGAGAGUUCCCCUGCCUGUAAGAGACAACAGAGUACACCUUAGGCCUAGGCAUUGCCCCUGGGCCUCGCUGUUCCUCUCCCUGCCAUACACCCUAAUGUUCUUCCCUCUCCAGGGCCAAUUCAACUUUGUGCACGUCAUCAUCAAGCCUCUGGAUUACAACUGUAACCUGCUCACUCUGCAGUGCAGGAAAGGUAGGCCCAGGCCUCUCUCUCCUUUUCCCCACCAGAGUUCGCGAAGGGUGUUACCUCCAGAGAUUUCCACUGGCCUGGCUGUCUCAGAGCCUUGGGAAGGAUUUUAGCUUAUGUCUUGGGUGCGCAGGGGAGGAAACAGGAUGUACAAUUUCAGAAAUAAAAUUCUUAAUGUUAAUUUUAAUUUUUUGGCUUUUAUUCCUGGACAUCUAAAAGCCACUUUUUCAGAGGUGUAGGGAGAAAAAGGUGUAAAGAGACAAGUUUGUGGAAAUGAUGACGCAAUCUCUUACCUGACAGAAUGCCUGGUUUUAAUAAUUAUUUCAACUGUGUGAUGUAUUUUAUUCUGUUUUAUGUAUUUUGUUUCCUGCAAUGGCUUCGGCUACACAAAUAAAUAAUAUUCAUACAAUUUGUACAGUUGUGGACUGAGGAUGCUGCAGUCUCCCUCUCUUUCUCUCUCUGGUCUGUAGAUAUGGAAGGGCUUAUCGACACCAGUGUGAUGAAGAUCGUUUCCGAUAAAAACUUGGCUUUUGUCGCCCGCCAGAUGGCUCUGCACGCCAACGUGAGUGCUCUUGUGGGAGCUGGUAACAGAUCAUCUUUCAUUUGAACUUGGCAACUCAGCCUUUGGCAUCCUGUUGCCCUCCAGCUGCUUUGGGCUACAGAUCCCCUUGACCAGAGCCAGCACAGUCGCAGGAAGCCGGGGCUGAUGAGAGUCCAAAAGGCCUGGAGGGAAUCUGGUUGAAAAAAGGUUCUGUCUCUCCAGCCUUGCUGGCUGAUGGGAGUCAUCUUCCAAAAUGGCUUGGAGGGGGCGCCAGGUUGACAACUGACGGCUGCACUUGGAUGGCGCCUUAAACCAGCCUGCCUGAGUUGACCCUCCUCUUUGCUUCCCACUGUUUCCCUCAGAUGGCUUCUCAGGUCCAUCACAGCCGCUCCAACCCCACAGACACGUACCCGUCUAAGUGGAUUGCCCGCCUGCGGCACAUCAAGAGGCUCCGGCACAGGGUAACACUGCCUUUUCUCUCUCUUAGUGUAUUCCCUCGAGUUUCUUUUUCUUGUGGCAUGUGACUCUUUCCCCUCUAACUUUAACACACACACACCCCAUCCCCAAUACAGGGGUAAUAAUCAGAAUUGUAGAGUUGGAAGGGACCCGGGGGUCAUCUAGUCUAACCCCCUGCAAUGCAGGAAACUUUUUGCCCAACGUGGGGCUCAAACCCCUGACCCUGAGAUUAAGACUCUCAUGCUCUGUCGACUGAGCUAUCCUAGGAGUUGUUUGGAAAAUACCAGCCGGUCUCUUUGUAAAGAUUUCUGAAAGCACUGAAAAUAAAAGGAUUUUUUUUUUGAAGGACUUGAAAUAUGCUCUCUACUUUCCCUUCUUUCAGAUCAGAGAAGAGACUCAGUAUCAGGCUUCUGGUUUCCCCAGCAUGCACCCUCCUGCCCCAGCCAAAUCGUCUGCCCACCUUCCUCAGGACCCGGCUCCCACCUACGAAACGGGACAGAGGAAGCGCCUCAUCUCCUCGGUGGACGACUUCACGGAGUUUGUGUAGCGUCGGAACGUGUCCUGCAUCAACUUGUCCGGUGGGCAAAGCCUUCUUGUUUCCCCCACCCAUCCAGCUGCUGCGGAGAGGAGAUUCCAUGUUGGCGACACUCGGAGACGGGUUUCCCCGAUCCAGAACACACCACUGCCGCUCUGGUGGCUCAUGCUCCCUUUGAAAGCUGCUGGUCCACAGUCCUGUCAGGCUGCCAUUCUCCAGAGAGGAAGGUGGAGGUGUCUUGGAUUGCCAUUGCUGUCGUGCGUUUUUUAAACUAACACUUUGAGGAUGCGUUGCUAUGAGUGAAUGGAGGCAGAUCUAAGACACACAAGAUGCUCGUUGAAGGUAUGGAAGAAAAAGUGUCUCAGUAGCCUGACAUGAACUCCCCAGCAGCGCCAUGAAUGUUCCUGGCUGGAUGAGUCCCAGGUCCCAGUGUGCAUGCGUUUUUGCCUCCAGCUCAUGGUGAGGAGGCCUGGGGGUUAGUGACUUCGUUUUUCUUUUCCCAGAGGAUAAUGGCGGUAUGGAUUUUGCUGCGGGCGAGUGGUCUUUCCUGAACAGUUGUUCUUUGCAGCAGGUCAAGAUGCCAAACACUGAGCUUGCGCAGAAACAAUUUGGCCGUGCCCAGAGUAAAGAGACACUUUGGGCUGAUUUCGCUCUAAUCUAUUUGCUGCAGAGUUGGGGAGGGAAGAGGAGCAUGUUGGCCUUGAAAAAGGAGAUCCCUGGCUUUUCCUUUUUAAAUUGUCCCUUGCUGGAAGAAAUUUAACCUCUUCCUUUCCUUUGCUGGGACGAGCUUUUAUUGCCAUUGAGGCCGUGGGCUGUGUCGGCCUUUGCCAAAGUGGCGCCCUCCGGUUGUUUUGGAUUGCAACUCCCUCUAGCCCCCCAGCCAACAUGUGCUGUGAGUUGUAGCCCAAAACAUCUCCAAGGCUUUCUGGUCAUUGCUUAGAGGAAGACCAGCCUUCCCCAUCCUGGUGCCCUCUAGAUGUGCCUGGGAGUACAGUUGGCAUGGCCACUGCGGUCGGACUGAUGUUAUAGUCCAGCAACACCUGGAAGAUGCCAGGUUGAGGAAGUCUGACCUGGGCGCCACUUGAUUUGCGGCGGUGCUGCAGUAGAAGAAGCAUGGGAGUUUGCCCUGUGGGAUGUUCUGCUGACUUUUGCUGCCAUCCUUCUGUGGUCACUGGCGCUCCCUUCAGGACUGCAGGCGGGCUUUCACAGGACUAAACCCAAGGGCCAGCAAUGAUGUGAGGGUUUGAUUUGUAGCUAGUCUUCCUUGGAAAUAGCAAAUGGUACAGAAGGUAAAGCCUUCCUUUACUGGGAUUUUAAAAGGGGGGUCACCUAAAGAUGACUGGAUGUCACUUUCCUUUGUAUCCAUCUUGUUUGGCAAAUGUCUUACAACACACUUAAUGAAAUAAAGUGUUUCUUUGACAACCAGAUUUCCAGUUGA